GCUUUUGAGGAACAAGCACUGCAGAAAGGAGAGGGAGGGAGGAGGCCCCCCGGCCCCCCCUCCAGGCCACAGGACGGGUGCGGGGGGUGAAAGCUUCCUCCUCUGAUACAGUAUAUAAGGGAAGUUGCUUCCUACAGAUUCUCUCUUCCUCUUCCUCCUCCCUCCCUCCCUCCUUUUUCUCCCAGAAAGCAGCAGGAGGAGGGAUCUUUGCAGGGUGAAUAUCUCGGCACAAUCUGGAGAGGAUUUCAAGCUUUGGGGGCUGGGAAGUUUUGCCAUUUUCUGCCCCUUCUUCCCUUCCCGUUAAGCCCCUUUGCCUUCCGAUCCAUAUGUAGGCGUGUUUAAUGCCCGAAUAUUCACCGCGGCUGAAUCAGAAUUGGCAUUCUUAUUUUAUCAAGGGAGAGGUUUUUUGUUUUUCAGGACCUUUCUUUUUAAUGGAACUUUUUUUGUCGAAGUUGUCGUUGUCGCCGUCCCUGUUACAGUGAAAAGGAGAGAGGGGCGCAAAAAACACCCACCCACCGAAUACUAAUAAUCGGGCGCUCCCCUCCGUGCUUCCACCGCCCUUUUCAAAAAAUACUUGCAUAUAUCUAUAUAUCUACAAAAGCGCAUCAUAAAAGGGAGGGAAGACAACAACGACGGCGAAGAAUGCGAUCCUCCAACUUUGGGAGCGACCCGAGCUGAGCGACCCCCCGAAAAACGUGGGAGGAGGAGGAAAAAGGAGACGAGCUGCUUUGGGAAAUGUUUGUGGGGUGGUAGCUGUGGACAACUUGCACGAUCUCCUGCUCUCUGGCCGGCGUCGAGUCCUGGGAGCGCCCCGAGGGCAGGAUGGCGGCGGAGCUGAGCCCCGAGGAGGAGCAGGUAGGAGCUCUCCGGGCCCCGGAGCUUGGGGGGACCGCGGCCAGGGAGGAGGGCGGGGCGGCCGGGAUGGCGGGGUUUCUCCGGAGAGGCGCCUCUCGGCUCCUUCCCAGGUCUUGGGCUGCGAUGGGAGCCUCUCGGGCCUCUUGGCUGCGCUUCGCAACAACGCGGAUCGCGAGGGGAAAGAGUAAGGAGAUGCAUAAAUAGUAUUUAUUUGCCUAGAGUAAUGCUGCGUACCCAUCUGUUUUGGGGUCGUCUCAUUCCUGGAAGCGAAGCAGCGCCCCCCCGUCUCCCGUCUGAGGGGGACCCAGGGCCAGGGUCUGUGCUCCGUUUUGCCCCUGCUUCCCCUCCCCUCUUCUUCCCGGGGGUGAAAUCCGUUCUUGGUGGGCGGGGGGGGGGCUGCGUCCCUCCAAGUCCCGCCACCCCCCACCUCAAGGGGAGGGGCAGAAGUGGGGCCCCCUGGGAGGUUUCCAUGGAGAUCAGAACCGCGAUGCGGCCUAGUCGGAGAAGGAGCCUGGCGGGGCCGUGGGGCGCCCCCUCCCCUCCCGCUAGGAUCCUCCGAUAAAAGAGGAGGAGUUGAUAACAAGCCAGGAAAUUCGCUUCUUUGGGUGGGGGCUGCAAGCACACACUCGCUCUUGGUUGAGGAGGGGGAAGGCUAAUUCUCCCCCCGCAGUUGUCUCUUGGGGGGUGGAUCCAGCCGCCUCAGGGGCUUCUCCCCCAUUAAUGGACGCCUCAUUCAUUAACUGGUUUUUCUCUUCUAAUCUCCCCCCCCCCGCCCCCUGUUUGUGUGUGUGGUGUUUUCUUUUUUCGGGGGGGGGAUUGGAUUCCCCACCCCUUUUAUAAAAGCUGUGAGGCCAGAGAGAGAAGCGCGCCAUGGAGCGGAAGUGCCGCGGAGGGGAAAGGCCGGCAAGCGCGCAGGAUCCGCGGCCGCUUUCUGCCCGGGCGGCGGGCGGGGCAGCCGGGAAGCUCGGCUUCUGCCGGGAGCCUGGCUGGGCUCGCCCUUCUUCCCGAGAGCUCCGCGCGGCUCCCUCGGGGCUUCUCUCCCCGCCGCCCCGCUCGCAGGGACUUCUCGCUUCCGCCUCGCCCCUUGCCCUUCGCCGCUUUCUGCUUCUGGCCCUUUUCACUUUCUCCCCCGGGAAGGAUCCGGCCCUCCUUUGUCGCGCCCGCACAUCCCGCCGGCUGCGGCUGCGCUUGAGUCAUGCGAGGUGGAUGUUGCUCAUCCCUUCGGGAGGCGCCCCAGAAAGGGCUCCGCGACCCCCGCGAAGGCCGGGAGACACAAACCCCGCUCGGGAGCGUCUCUUCUCCGUUAAAGUUUUCACACUCCUAACUUGUAGCAGAAAAAGUGAACGUUGUCCGUCCUGGCAGAGAAAAAGAUACUAUACUAAUAAAUGUAACCCUUUUAUUUAAAUAAAAUGGUCUGUGGGAGUUUUUUUAAUCUUGCGUUUCUAUAGCCUGUCUUGGAUAGAACUGAAGGCGGCAUACAUUGUUGCUAUUACUCCAUCCGAUUGCAGGGGGCUUUGUUUAGGUUUCUUAAAGAAUGUUUUCCAUGCUUUUCAAGCGAAUUUCCCAAAGCAUCUUAAAAACCAGCAAUGUACAACAACAGUGUAAAAUCAUGUAAUAUUUUUAAAAAGCAUAGAACAGCAAUAACUGCCCACCCCCCACAAAAAAACAAUAAAAGCAGCAGUCAGAAAACGCUUUCCAAAUGGAGAAUGUCUUUCAGAUGUUAUCCAGAAAAAGAGCAGAUUUUCUCCUAGGGGCCAAGGUCUCUUCAAACCCCCCCCCCAUAAAAUUUUUGAGGGGGCCAGGCACCCCCAAAGUUGGUGGGCUUUGCCAUUCAAGUGGUGGUGUGGGGGGCCUACCUGGGCCUCCCAAAAUUUCAUUCACAUUGGCACCCUGUCCCCAUUGAUAAGUUCUUGACUAAGGAUGCGCCAGAUAGGAAGGUCCCUGCUUCUGAUCAUAAGGCUCAGACAGUACUUUGCAGAGUAGAAGAGGGCAGGUCCCCGCCCCGAGGAGACCGCCAUCUAGUCUUGGUGGCAUGGACUAGGACAGGGGUCGGCAAUUUUUUUUAGCCGUGGGCCGGUCCACUGUCCCUCAGACCUUGUGGCGGGCUGGAGAAGCGGCACCGGGGGGGGGAGCUGGAAGAAGAGGUGAGGGGGGCAAGUAGUCCUCCUCCCCAGCCCCAGCUGCUGUGCUUACCUUCCCAGGGGCUGCCGCCACCACCGCUGCUUCUCGUGGGUAGGCAGAGGGAGCUCAUCUGCUCUGCCCCCUGGCCCACAGGAGCACCAGGGCGGCAGCGGCAGAGGGAAGAUGAGCGGCGUGAAAGGGCUGGCUCCAGAGAGGGGCUGCUUAAAAUGGCACUCAGCCCCCUUCCUCCUCUAGGCAGGGUGCAGAGAAACCAGGAGGAGGGAGGGAGGAGGCACCGCCACGGUGUGUGGGGGGGAAUGGAAUGGUGCAAGGAAAAAAUGGUGCAGCCUGAAUGAACAGAAUCCCCACGCCGAUGAUCCACAGACAGUCUGUGGGCCGGAUCCUGAGGGCAAUUGGGCCUGAUCCAGCCCGCAGCCCUUAGUUUGCAGACCCCUGGACUAGGAAGUCUGUUAUUUGCUAGUGUCUGCUAUCUAAGCAUUGACCAGACCCUGACCAAUGUGCUUCGUUUCACUUGCAUUGUACAUAUAUUACAUAGGUACAUAUAUUAUUACUCCAUCCUGGAAAAGUGAACAGGUACAUGCCCUCGAUUUAAACCGCCACAUAUUUCUUAGCUUCUGAAAGUUGUUAUUACUUAUGUCAAUUUCAGUAUAUCCUCCAAAGCCCAAACACUAACUAGUCAAAUACAGAAAUGCAGUAAUAUGUUUCUUGGAUUUUCUUGUUAGCAUCUUGGCUGCUUCUAGCAAAUUAAAUCAUGUGUUGCUUUUUUGCCUUGUAAACUAAUUCCAUAUUGCUCCAGAGCAGGGAUUCAAGGCAAGUGACUAGCAGAGGGUGGUUGGGCCUCACGAGGCCUGGGCUUUGUUGGAUGAAGUGGCUUCCUUUGGUUCCCAGGUUCAGCUUCAAGUGCUGCUUUUAACCUUUAAGGCCCUAAAUGGCUUGGCAUCAGCCUACCUGAAACACUGAAUUCCCCAAACCUUGAGAUCCUCUUUGGAGGGCCGGCUACAGAUGCCCCAACCGACCAACAUGAGGCAGAGAACCACCUGGGAAAGAGUGUUGUGUUAUGUUGUUAAUUGUGUUUUGGGGUUUUCCCCAAAAAAAAUUGCACUGGAAAAUUCCCAGACGUUUUCCCCAGAAAACUUUUCCAUGCAAAUUAGGAUAAGUUCCAGUGCAAUUACGCUAUGCAAAUUAGGGUGGUUUGUAUUGGAGUGGGGGGGGGGUUGCAUCAGGACAUUUUUCUGACACCCUAAAGAGAGAUCUAAUUUAGUGUGCAUAUAUUUACUUGUAUUAUUGUUAAUGAAGCUAAAAUUUUUGAAGCCAAGCAAUGUGUAUUUGCAAUUGACAUCCAUUCAUAGUUACUAAAGAACUCAUGAAACUGGAAAAAAAUUCCAAUGGAAAAUGAAUCACUCGGGAAAAAUUCCACCACCUGCAUCACAAUAAAUAAAUAAAUAAAUAACUUAGUCAAAAUUCUCCCAGCAAUUUAUCUUUCUCUGAAUUCUUCAGACCUUUUGAGAUCCUAGCUGUGCUUCCUGGACUCUGCCCCUUUCCCAUGCCCUGCUGUCUUCUUCUGUUGUCCUCUUCUACUCCUGAAAACUCUGUUGCUCCUUCUCUCUGCCUCCCCCUCCCUGUGACCUUCCCUUUGUGCAUUCCCAAGGGACUGGCAGUUGGCUUUGGGUGCCACAAGUUGCCAUUCUUGACAAGUUGCCAUUCUUGAGAGGAUAUGAAAGGAAAGUGGAGUGGGAGAAAGAUAUCAGCUUGCCCCCGCCCCCAAAUGCAUUCCAUUUCUACUGGGAUGUGGUUUUUAUAUUUUUUAUUAUUUUCCCCCAGCAUUUAUUUAUAUCCUGCUGCUUCAUCUUAGUUUUCAAGGUAGCUUGCAACAAAUUUUAAAGUGCAUGCCUCCUAAACCCCCCCUCCUCCCCCCAAAACAGAUCAAUGGUAAGAACAGAACAGCAAAGGUGCAAACAAAAUAUAUACUGCAGAAAGUGUUAAAAUGUAUCUGGACUCAGUAAGAAGAAUGCUGAAACAAUACUCAACUCCAUUAAAAACUUGCGUGAACACAACAUUUUGAACUGGUACCUAAAAGUCAUUUAGAAGGAUAUGGAGUGAAGAUUUGGGAGUGGGGGGAGAACUGCACAACUGAGCUACCUUUGGAAAGGAGAUGCCUUUGGUUUCUAUCCACUUCUCCUCAAGUUGGGGGGGGGGAAUCUUAAUAAUUGGGCAGGUUCAUGUCAGAGUUAGCACCAAGCAGCUUAGAAUAGGGAUGGACAAUCAUUCACCCCCAACCCCAAGCUGAAUUUUUGUGGAGGAAAGUGGUCUAGGGCUGCACGUGCAAAGUGAGUUGACCCAACACGCACAUUAAUUCUCUCUCUCUCUCUCUCUCUCUCUCUCACACACACACACGCCCAGCCACACACAAAUGUACACAUACACUCUCACACUCACUCACAUGUGCAAACUCACAUGCAUGCUGUCAUGCACACUUUCACACAUGCACAGAUUCCCACAUGUGUGCGCUGUCUCUCUCACACAUGUGCUAGCUCUCCUUUCCCUCCUUUCUCAAAUUGGUUUCUGUGUGGAGAGGUCUCCUUUCCCAAUUCAUGGAAAAGAAACCCAGUGAUCUGGCCAUGGGGGCCAAGACGACUUCUGCUGACAGUUCCCUUCAUUCUCCUGCUGAAAAAUGAGGAGAUUUGCUGCCCCUGUGGAUCCUGCUGCCUGAGGCGGUCACCUCACCUUGCCUUAUGAGUGGGCCAGCCCACCUCAUAAGUAAACUGCUGUAGGCAAAACGGUGCUCUGUCUUUAGUUAAACAGAAUUGCAAAGGCUUAUUAAUGAAUGAAUGGACUCCCACUGAGGCCUGUACACUCAGAAAGUGCCCCCCCCCCAUUGAAGCACUGGGGCUCACUUCCACAGGUCUUGGUUGUGAUGCCUUUUCUCAAUCAAGAUUUAUGAUGUGCAAUUGUGUCAAAGCAGCCCCCCCUUUCUGCCCUUCUCUUUGCCACACAGCUGGGGCCCUGGACUCCCCGGACCACACACCAACUGCAAGGAACCGGAUGUGCCUGCAUUGUUAAGAGCAUUUGACUGUGACACUUGGCACCUGUUUUGGAGGCGCCCCUCCCCCCUGCAGUUUAAUCAAAGAGACCAGAUGAGAUAAUUGGGGAGGAGGAGAGAGGGGAGGGGUUUAGAGGACCCAGUGGAAGACACAAGGAAGGAAGCAGGAGGAAAGUGACACUAGGCAGGUGUGAUAGUUGAGAUGCGAGCCCUCAGCGGAGUGAUUUCAUAUUUGUAUUAUGUGAUACAUAUUGAAUGAUCAGAGUGCUGUAAAUGUUACAUAUAUCAUUAAUAUUAAUUGUUAUUAAUCAUUAUUAUUACUAAUACUAAUGAGGCACCCAGUAAAGAUGGAAGGAUGCCUUGUUCUAUUCUAGGGGUGUCCAACUCGCAAGAGACUCCGAGAAAAAAAAGACAGUGAUCGGGGGCCGGUCAAAGUUGUUGAGAUUUUUUUGGGGGGGGGUGCCUUUUUCCUGCCAUGAAUCAGUGACAUCAUACCCUUCUUCUUUUCACUGAUUUCCACUUUUCUUACAGUGUGUGUUUUGGGGGCUUAAGAGGGAGGAGAUGUGAAUCUAGACUAUAUUGACCCUGACAAGAGAAACUAGCCAUGCCAGGCUGCAAAAUGGCUCCCUCUUUCCCAAAGCAUGUUUUCUCAAUAUGCUUCUCCGUCUGCUUGGUGGCAAGGUCAGUGUAGGGAGUGAAAUCCACAGUCAAUCAUUGCUGUCAGGAUCAAGGCCAUGUUUUAGUUGUGUGUGUGUUUGUUUUGUCUUCCCUGCAUUUCCCGCCCCACAAAACAAAUCUGGAAUGGUUUUGUAGCCUCUGAUCAGUGUGAGACUCUGACGCUCAUGCCUGCCCUUCUGUGAUAUCCAGAAGCAUUAUUGCUGGCAACUCCUGAGUAGGAGCCUUCCCACUCCCUCUCCUCCAUAAAUUUGUCCACCCCUCUUUUAAAGCCAUCUAGCUUUGGGAGCAUCACUGCCUCCGUAGUUGGACUAUGUGCUGCACAAAGAAGGACUUGCUUGAAGCUUCCAGCCUUCAGCCUCAUUAGAUGUUCAUAAGUUCUAGCAUUAUGAGAGAGGGAGAAAAACUUUUCUUUACUCAUUUUCUCCAUGCCAUGCAAAAUUUUAUAAUCUCCUGUCCAGUGUUCAAAAUUUUCCGGGCACAUUUUGCACCUGGCUGUUGGCCACUUGCAACCAAGUGAAGAUGCCUGGGCACUAGGAUGGUGUCUGGCGUCUUCUCCAUCUGAAGGUGCAUCCCUGGGGAUCCUUGGAUCUCGACUGCUUUCACACACUAGCAGCACAUCCUGUAGAAUUGUAUCUGUGAUAUUUUAUCUGCACAACCUGAAUGAAUUUCAGGAACCAAAAGUUUGUAUUGAAAAAUACGGCUUUCGAGCGAUCUGGCCUCCAAAUGGCAACUAGACAUUCCAUUUUGGUGACUAACCCUGGUUUAAGGAGCCGUUUGGUGCCUCGCUUAUAUAUCGUGAGUUUCUGCUUCUGUCAUGACUCCUUUUGCUCACCUUUUCUCUAACUAAAAAGUCCCAAACACUUUUUAGAGGAGUUGAAGGGCUCUUCCUAGGAAGAAACCUUCUGGUUGAUGCAGCAAGAGGCACCUUCUUCUCCACCUUCUAGAUGUCUUUCAUCAUUUAGUAGAAUGAGAGCUGGGCAAAAACGCCUAGCCUCAUUGCAUGAUUUCAAGUGUUAAAGACACCUCCCCAUGUUCAGCAUUGCUUGGCAUGCAUAGCAAAUUUAUCCAUGUUGUUUUUCAUUCCAUUUUUCUGUUGCCUUUUCCCUCUUCUUCUGUCCUCGCUUGCCCUGGUUCCCACAUGCCUUUCCAGUCACGAUUCCAUCUAUUUGCAAUGUUCAGGCCAUGAGUGCUGUUCCUUAUGGAACCAAAAUGGCCUCACUCACGCACAGGAGGGAGGGAGCAGCAGGUCUGGGGGAAAUGUGCGAAGUUUGUGGAAAGAUGGGGAAAGAAGUCUAGAAGAAGGAAGCCAAGUCAUUGUCUCUCUCACUCACCCACCCCCGCCAUCCCCAGUGGUUCAGUGAGGACUGAACUUGCUUGGUGACCAUGGAAUGCUGAGGGAUUUUUUGGGUGCAGAUGUAAUGGGAGUAUUCUGCAAAAGGGCAUGACACUCACCACCACUAUUUUGCUACCGAUCCCACUUGUCUGGAUAAUGUUUCAUAGCUUUUGGCUAGUACAGUAAACUUAUUGAUGAUAUUUGUUAGUAUUUGUAUAGCACUUUUAAGUGUUCAGAGUGCUUUGUGUGCAUUAUUUUAAUCCUUACAGCAACCUUAAAGGUAGGCUGACAUCAGCACCUCUGUGUUGAAGAUGGGGGCUGAGACCAAGGUUUGCCUAAGGCAAGCUUGUGCCAGAAGUGGGAUUUUGAACCUGGAUGAUAGCGCCAUUGUUCAGUAACCAUGUCAUGUCAUGGUUUUCCCCAGUGAGUCAUGGGAAUUGUAGUUUGUUAAGUGUCCCAUGGGCUGUCAGGAGACCCCUCACAGAGCUACUGUUCCCAGGAUUCUUUGGGGGGGGGGGAGCCAUGACCACUGACAUAGCAUUAGGGUUCUUUCAGUGUAUGGUGUGAACAUGACCGAGAUGUGAUCAAUACAAGGGCACCCAAGCCCAGCAGGUUGGUACUAUGUGAGCAUCACACCCCAGGAAGGAUGUUUUUGUAGUGACAACACUAACCUAGUUGUUUUGAGGCAUUGCAAAAGAUGGGUCACAUAGAAGCCUGAAGUCUUGGCUUACCCAGGGGUCAUUCAUCUUUACAUACCUUUCCCUGUUUACCCAGAAAUAGGCAUUUUUAGGGAAGGAUUGUUGUGCCAAAAGAGAACAUUUAGGAACAUAAGAAACUGCUUUGUCUUGAGUCAGACCACUGGGCCAUCUAUCCCAGUGUUGUCUACACUGACUGGCAGCAACCCUCCAGGUUUUCAGGCAGGGUUGCUGUUGUUGUUGCUAUUAAAUUUGUAUACUGCCUUAUACCCGCAGGUCUCAGGGCAGUUGCAACAUAAAAUCACAAUACAAAAUAAUAAUAAUAAUAAUAAUAAUAAUAAUAAUAAUAAUAAUAAUUUAUUGUACCUCACCUAUAUGACUGGGUUGCCGCAGCCACUCUGUGCAGCUUCCAGCGUAUGUAAAAACAUAGUAAAACCUUAAAAAGCUUCCCUAUACAGGGCUGCCUUCAGAUGUUUCCUAAAUGUUAUAUAAUUACUCAUCUCCUUAACAUCUGAUGGAAGGGUGUUCCAUAGGGUGGGUGCCACUACUGAGAAGGCCCCCUGCAAAAGAAAACAACAUAAACACCCCCCCAAAAAAUCCCCAACAACUUUUAAAAUUACAUUGGAUGUCAAUCAGCCAAAGGCCUGGUUAAAGAGGAAUGUUUUUGCCUGGCGAUUAAAGGUGUAUAAUGAAGGCGCCAGGUGAACUUCCCUGGGGAGAGCAUUCCAUAGAUGGGGAGCCACUACUGAGAAAUCCCCAUUCUUGUGUUGCAACCCUCCAAACCUCUUGAGGAGGCACACAAAGAAGGGCCUCAGAAAAUGAUCACAGGGUCCGGGAAGGUUCAUAUGGAAAGAGGUGGUUCACAAAGUAUUGUGGUCCUGAGCCGUUUGAGGCUUUAUAGGUCAAAACAAGCACUUUGAAUUGGGCCUGGACACUAAUCAGUAGCCAGUGCAGUCAGACCAGGAUCAGUGUAAUAUGCUCAAACCGUCUUGCUCCGGUGAGCAACCUGGCCGCUGAAUUCUGCACUAGCUGAAGUUUCUUAACUGUCUUCAGAGGCAGCCCUACGUACAACACACUGCAGUAAUCUAACCUUCAGAUUACCAGAGUGUAGAGAACAGUAGUUAGGCUCUCCCUGUCCAGAUAGGGAUGUAGAUGGGCCACCAGCCAAAGCUGAUGGAAGGCACUCUGGGCCACUGAGGCCACCUGAGCCUUGAACGACAGCAAAGGAUCCAGGAGGACCCCCAGGCUAUGAAUCUGCUCCUUCAGAGGAAACGUAACCCCAUCAAGAGCAGGCGACCUCCCACCCAUCUGGUCUAGGGAACCCCCCACCAACAGAGCCUCAGUCUUAUCUGGAUUGGGCUUCUGUUUCUUGGCUCUCAUCCAGUCCGCUACCAAGACUGGUCCAGCACUUCCACUGCCUCACCUGCAGAUGUCAAGGCGAAAUAGAGCUGAGUGUCAUCAGCGUACUGCUGACAACGUACUCCGAUCCUGCGGAUAACCCCACCCAGCGGUUUCAUGUAGAUGUGUUAAACAACGUGGGGGAUAGGAUUGAGCCCUGAGGAACCCCACACUGAAGGCUCCAUGGGGCUGAAAAACAUUCCCCAAGUAACACCCAACUAUCCAAGGAGGACUGGAACCACUGCAAAGUGAUGCCAUCCAUCCUUAGUUAGGAGUGUCGCUCCAGAAGGAUGCCAUGGUUCCUGUUAUCAAAAGCCGCUGAGAGGUCAAGAACAAUGAACAGGGACAUGUUUCCCUUGUCUCUCUCUUGACAGAGGUCAUCAUACAGGGCAACCAAAGCAAUUUCUGUGCCAAAAUCGGGCCUAAACCCCGAUUGAAAUGGAUUCAGAAAAUCAGUUUCUUCCAAAAGUGUGUGGAUCUGGUCUGCAACCACUCGCUCCAGAACCUUGCCCAGGAAAGGGAGAUUAGCAACUGGCCAGUAGUUAGUUUUUCUGAAUCCAGGCAAGGUUUCUUAAGGAGUGGUUUUACCACUGCCUCCUUCAAACAGGUGGGGACAAGAAUACUCAUCGCGAAGUAUUGGAAGCCACAAGAUUUACCCACCCGGGAAGAAUGGCAGAUAAAGUUGAUGGACUACAUGGAACUGGCGGAAAUGACUGGCAGAAUCCGAGACCAGGGAGAAGAGUCGGUGGAAGAAGACUGGAAAAAGUUUAAAGACUAUUUACAGAAAUACUGUAAAAUUAAUGAAUGUUAGAAAAAUGUUGGAAUGAAGUUAUAUGGCUUUAGUAGAAAUGUUAUAAGGAAUUAAGUACAAAUAGAUUAAUAGAGUAUUAAAGGGAAAAAUAAGGUUAGAAUGUGUUAAGAUAAUUAUAGGAUAGAAAACAGAGGAAGAUCGAAAGGAAUUGUUGAAACAAUUAAUAGAAGUGGAAUACAAAAAGGGAGGUGUGAGGAGGUCGUUGAAAUAAGUGAAUGAAAGAUAAGAUACUGAAAUUGUUUGAUGUGUUCUAAACUGUUUUUGUUUUGUUUUGUUAGUUUACUGUGUUAGUGUUAUGUAGUGUCUUUGUAUUGUAUUGUAUUGUUUAUUGUUUUUUGUAGUGUUUAAAUUGUUGGAAAAGUAACAAAUAUUAUUUAAAAAAACACACCAAACAAACAGGUGGGGACCACCCCGUCUUGUAAAGAGGCACUGAUCACCGCCCUGACCCAGCCAGCUGUUCCCUCCCUGCUGGUUUUUAUCAGCCAAGAGGGGCAAGGGUCUAGAGCGCAAGUGAUCGCCCUGACUGAUCCGAGCACCUUGGCCACAUCCUUGAAACUCGGCCACAACUGAAACUCAGCCAACACAACAGGACUAGACUGUGCUCUGGACACCCCAUGAGAUUCAUCUGUUAUAACAGCAGAGUCAAGGUCUUGGUGGAUGCAAGUGAUCUUAUCCUCAAAAUGCCUUGCAAACGAGUCACAGCGAGCUACUCUUGGUUCUCCCACCUCCUUUGGGCCAGCCUGUAAAAGGCCUGGAAAAGCUCUGCCAGAUGACAUAAUCAGGAUGCAAUGGAGGCAGCAAAGUAGAAUCAUAGAGACAUAGAAUUGUGGAGUUAGAAGGGACCGCAAAGGUCAGGGUGGAUUUGAUUUAAAUCGAUUAAAUAACGAUUUAAAUCACUAGUCACUAAGACUUGAUUUAAUUUCUUUUUUACAGAAAGACACAUAAUUGCUUUUAUAAUCUUAAUAUUUACAAACAGAUGAAGGUUUAAUUUUUGGAAUAAUAACUUUUCAGAGUAGUUUUUACAGUUAUAUCAAAAAUUACUGAUUUGGUUACACUAUUAGAAAUACAUUGACAGAUAAUUAUGAAAUUAUUGUGAGGUUUAAUAAGUUAACUGUUUCUAUUUGGACAACUUUUCUGCUGUACUUUAUUGGAAGGAGAAAAACAAUCAUUUCCUUAAUAACAAUUUAAACAAUUUAUUUAAAUAAAACAAUAACAUUAUAGCAUAUGUAUCAAUGUUUGUUAACUGAUGUGGUUAAAUGAUUUUUUUUAAAAACACACACCUUAGACUGAAUUUUAGCACACAUGAAAAACUUAAAGCAAAUCCUUAUUUCCUGAUGAGGACUAUAAUGUAACUUAAAUAGAAAACUAUCCUUAGAAAGAUUUUCCCUCCAAAAGCAUUUUAUUUUAAAAAUCCUAUUUAAAUUAAAAAAUGUGAUUUUUUAAAAUAAUAUAUAUAUAUAUAUAUAUAUAUAUAUAUAUAUAUAUAUAUCAUUGAUUUUUAUCCACCCUGCCAAGGGUCAUCUAGUCCAACCCCCUGCAAUGCAGGAAACUCAGCUAAAGCAUCCCUGACAGAUGGCCACCCAACCUCUGCUUAGUCCACCACCUCCCAAGGGAGAGUGUUCCACUGCCUAACAGCUCUUACUGUCAGAAAGUUGUUUAGUCUGAUGUUUAGUCUGAUGUUUAGUCAGAAUCUCCUUUCUUGUAACUUGAAGACAUUGGUUUGAGUCCUACCCUCCAGAGCAGGAGAAAACAAGCUUGUUCCUCUUUCGUGUGGUAGCCCUUCAGAUAUUGGAAGAUGGCUAUCAUAUCUCCUCUCAGUCUCCUCUUUUCCGAACUAAACAUCUCCAGCUCUCUCAACCAUUCUUCAUAAGGCUUGGUUUCCAGACCCCUGAUCAUCUUGGCUGCCCUCUGCACAUGUUCCGAUUUGUCAACAUCCUUCUUAAAUUGUGGUGCCCAGAAUUGGACACAGGACUCCCAGUAUUGUCAGACCAAUACAGAAUAGAACAGUACUGUUACUUCCUUUGAUCCAGACAUUAGACUUCUGUUUUGACUGGCUGAAGAUCUUUUGUUGGAAGUUCCCUGUGUUUUCAUGCCAGCACAUAACAAGAGCCACUUUGACCACCUUCCUGCUUUCCACAGUGGCCGGUCAAUUGCCUGCAGGAAGCUCAUAAUUUUUUUUGGAUGCAACAACCUUUUGGUACUGGCUCUCCCAACAGUGGUUCUGUGCUUAACUGGGACUGGGAGGGGAUCCAGAUUCAGAUACAUGCUCAGCCCUGAAGUUUACUGGGGUGACCUUGGGCUGCUCACCAUCUCUCAAUCUAAGCUGCACUGCAGGGCUGUUGUGGAAGAAGGACCAUGUAUAUUGUCGAGUUCAUUGGAGGAAAGGCAGGAAAUAAAUGAAAUAAAUCAUUUUGCACACAAGUCAAACAGUCAAGCCCUCUUCUCAGCAACCCCCAUAAAAAGGGCCCCCAGUGCAGCGGCAUAUAGGUGUUGGUAAGAUGGCUACUGCCUUCAGGCUUAAAGUAUACAAGACAGAACACAAAAGGAAAUGGGGUUGGGGAGGGAGGAGGGCAGGGGGAGAAAAGAAAACUAGAAAGCUGGCUACAGAGAGAGCAUUUGAAUGACCAGCUGGAAUGGAAAGGUUCCAUUUAGCCUUCAUGUUCACCUGCCAAGACCUUAAUGAAAGGUUUCUGUGUUUGCAGGAUGCACAGAUAACAGGAAAGCUCUGGGAGCUGUGGGUUUUCUUCUUUAAGCCUUAAGCUUUUUAAGCUGCUGGUUGCUUUUAAACAAAGUAUUUUCAAGGAAUGCCUGGUGCGAAUUGUGGGGGAUAAUCUGCAGCAUAUAACCAACAUACUUAAGUCUAAUUAAUGCAUGAAGGGGUUAAUACCAUCGAGUAAGCUGUCCUGCCAAGCUCAGCUAAGUCCACUUUCCCUCGCCUUGGGACAGGUGCACCAUCUGGGGGGAUUGAGGCCCCCCUCGAUUUUCAAGGAGGGAGCCGGGGCCCCUCAAAAUUUCCCAGUGGCCAUGUGCACAUGCCACAAGGUGUGGUCACAUCACGUGCGCUAGCCACGAGGCAUUCUCACAACACGUCAGCAUGCCCUGCGGCAUGCACACACAGCAUACUGACACUGUGUGGCCCCGGCCCCGUCAGUCGUGGGGGCAAGGCAGUGAGCUUGCCUCUGGAGGAACUAGGUAAUUAAACCUUUGCUCCCCUUUCAGUCUACCUUCAUUCAUUCAACUUGUUUUUAUUAUUGCUUGUUAGCCGCCCUUGGCUGGGGAGGGCGGGGUAUAAAUAAAAAUUAUUAUUAUUAUUAUUAUUACCUGAGAAGCUCAUUGUGUGAAGAGGCUCAGCUGCUUGCUUCAGCUCAGACCACAUGGCUCUCAGAAGCCACUCUUGAGUUCCUAUACCAAUACUUUAGGAACUUUGACUGCUCUGUAACUAAGUAGGUUUUACUGCCUGUGCAACUUUUUCCACACAUAACUUGCCAUGUGUGGUCUUUUUAUGUGCUGGGGGAAGAGGAAAACUUUGGAAGGAACUCACAAGGGCAUAUUUUAAAAGGUCCAACAGCCUAUAUUUCCACGCUUUCCUUUGCUUUAUAUUUUGUGAAAGGCUUCUCCACAGAAAUUUCAAGACUUGAGAAAGACCUAAUACAAACACACAAAAAGUCGCUCUCUAAAAUGUACAGAUUUCUCCUUGACUGGGAGGUCAAAGAGGAAGAAGUAAAAUCUGUUAAGGUACAAUGGACCAGAGAUUUUGGCUACAACAUCCAAAUGGAAUCAUGGGAAAGGUUGUGGAGGGAGAAAGAGAAUUUCAUGAAAAUGCUCUACAGAUUGUACUUAACACCUGUAAAACUGGACAAAAUGUAUAAAUCUAGGUCAAACAUCUGCUGGAGGCACUAUGACCCACAUGUGGUGGAACUGCAAAAAAAACCGAAUUUUGGGGAACUAUAUAUAACUAACUUUUAAAAAUGUUUAAAUGUUCCUUUCCUAAGAAGCCUGAAGCCUUCCUGUUAGCUAUAAUGAGCAAUGAAAUUCCAAUAAGGGUAAGGAAAAAAAAUUAUUUUUGCAGUAGCAGCAGCAAGAAUUCUGGUUGCUAAGGUAUGGAAAGGAGAUUCUACUCCCUCAAAAUUAGACUGGCAUAAUAAAAUGUUAGAAUAUGCAGAGCUAGCAAGAUUCCGAGACCAUACCGAUCAAAUAUUUAAUAAAGAGUGGAAUAUUUACAGAGAAUACCUACAAGAAAUCUGUAAUAAUAAGUGUAAUAAUCUAAAUUAUUUCGCAGGCCUGAAUUGACUUCUGCAUGAAAUAAGAGAAUUUUACAAAAUUAACACAACUGAACAACCUAUGAGAGAUAAAGUUAAGUGUGCAGUUGUAAUGUAAUUUAGGAACCACAAUGGGGGGACUGGAAGUCAUGUCGGAAUUUGUGAUGUGUGAAUUCAAUCUUUUCUUUUUUUGUAAUGAGUGUUGAUUUUGGAUUGCCUUUUGUUGAUCAUUGCGUUUUGUUUUGUUUUGUUUUGUACUUGUUUUGUUUUAUUUUUAAAACUAACAACACAUUUUUUUAAAAAAUUGUUGUAGCUUGCCCUGGGACCUCAGCAUGAAGGACCGUGAUGAUGAUUUUAAUUAACGGUGUCUUUUUCUUUUCUCUUCUCUCCGGAACAGGCAACCAAGCAAUUCCUUGAAGAGAUUAACAAGUGGACAGUCCAAUACAAUGUGUCUCCCCUCUCUUGGAAUGUGGCAGUCAAAUUCCUCAUGGCCAGGAAAUUCGAUGUCCUGCGAGCGAUCGAGCUCUUCCAUUCCUACAGGGUAAGGGGAUCAAUUCCUCCCCAGAAAUGGAGGGAGAGAGCUGGAGAGACCUCAUGGCUCAUGAGGAGACCCUUCCAGGAGCCCAAAGGGACUUCAGGGAGGGCGGAGGAGAGGGCUUUGUGGAGGCUGCUCAGCCUCCCUGCCUAACAGCUGAUGUGAAGGGUUGCCUGGCAGCUGCCACUUUUCACGUCCCAGAGCUUCAGUUCCAAUUGCGGUUAUUUUGGGUACAAUAUUUUUAAUCUGGCUUGCAGAGAGUGCAUUUAAAGCAGGGGUAGGCAACCUGAGGCCCGUGGGCCAGAUGUGGCCCAAUCGCCUUCUCAAUCCGGCCUGCGAACAGUCCAGGAAUCAGCGUGUUUUUACAUGAGUAGAAUGUGUCCUUUUAUUUAAAAUGCAUCUCUGGGUUAUUUGUGGGGCAUAGGAAUUCGUUCAUAUCCACCCCCCCAAAAAAAUAUAGUCCGGCCCCCCACAUGGUCUGAGGGAUGGUGGACCGGCCCCCUGCUGAAAAAGGUUGCUGACCCCUGAUUUAAAGGGUAUCUAGAGGGUGCUUCCACUUACGUGAUUUUCACUUAUGUGCCAGAACAUGUGGGGAGUUGCCUCUACUAAAAAAGAUUAAAAUUUCUAUCAGCAUUUCAAAGCAUCUGGGGAGGCCUGUCUAAACAAAAAUGUUUUCAGCAGGUGCUGCUGGACUCCAGCUCCACUCAGCCCCACCCAGAGGGCUACUGGUCUGAGCGGACGAAGGAUCCCUACCUUGGUUGCAGACAAUAACAGAGUGUUUUCUUUCCUUCUAGGAAACCAGGCUGAAGGAAGGGAUCGUGAAGCUGAAGCCUCAUGAGGAACCACUCCGCUCAGAGCUGCUUAGUGGAAAGUUCACCAUCCUGGUGAGUAAGGUGCUUUGCUUGGGCAGACAGAGCUGUGGAUAACUGUGGAAGUUGGGCUUCCUGUUUGCGGAGGCAGGGGACACAUGUCUCCAUAGUGUGGUUUUAGAUCAUAGAAUCAUAAAAUUGUAGAGUUGGAAGGGACCCCAAGGGUCAUCUAGUCCAACCCCCUGCAAUGCAGGAAUUACAGCUGAAGCAUCCAUGACAGAUGGCCAUCCAACCUCUGCUUGAAAAACUCCAAGGAAGGAGAGUCCACCACCUCCCAAGAGUGUCCAUCCUACUGUUGAACAGCUCUUACCAUCAGAAAGUUCUUCCUGAUGUUGAGUCAGAAUCUCCUUUCUUGUAACUUGAAGCCAUGGGUUCGAGUCCUACCCUCCAGAGCAGGAGAAAACAAGCUUGUUCCAUCUUCUGCAUGACAGCCCUUAAGAUAUUUGAAGAUGGUUAUCAUAUCUCCUCUUAGUUUCCUCUUUUCCAGGCUAAACAUACCCAGCUCCUUCAACUGCUCCUCAUAAGGCUUCGUCUCCAGACCCUUCAUCAUCUUGGUUGCCCUCCUUUGCACACCUUCCAGCUUGUCAACACCCUUCUUAAAUUGUGGUGCCCAGAAAUGGACAUAGUAUGUAUUCCAAGUGUGGUCUGAGUAAGGCAGAAUAGAGCAAGAAUUUGACUUCCCUUGAUCUGAACACUAGACUUCCUUCUGUUGAUUCAGAAUAGCAUUACCGUAUUUUUCGUCCCAUAGGAUGCUCCGUCCCAUAGGACGCACCUAGUUUUUUGGGGGGGAAAUAAAGGAAAAAAAUUUUUCCUUUAUUUCCUCCCCAAAACCAGGUCGGGGAAACCGAACCAGGUCGAGGAACAGCGGGAUGGCGACGCUCUGCUUCAGGGCGCCCCUUGCGCCGGGCGACAGGCUGCUAUCAGCAGCGUGGGGAGCCCUGCGGCUCCCCACGCUGCGGAUGUCUGCCUGGCGCGAGGGGCGCUCUGCUUCAGGGCGCCCCUUGCGCCGGGCGACAGGCUGCUAUCCGCUGUGGAUGUGUUCCCGAAGCACCGGGCGCUCUGCUUUCAGUGCGCCCGGCGCUCCAGGAAGCAAGCUGCUAUCCGCAGCCUAGACAGCCCUGCGGGUUGGCUUCCAGGUGGAAAAAUCAAAGUUGGAAACAGAACUGUUAGAUCCUAAAACAAAGAUACUUUCAAGAAUGUAUAACUUGCUGUUAAAAUGGAACACUCAGGACGAGACGGUUAAAUCUGCUAUGAUUAAAUGGGCACAGGACGUUGGACAUAACAUUAUGUUUGCUGACUGGGAACAGUUGUGGACCACAGGUAUAAAAUUUACGGCAUGUAAUGCCCUAAAAGAGAAUAUUAUGAAAAUGAUUUAUAGGUGGUACAUGACACCAGUCAAGCUUGCAAAAAUCUAUCAUUUGCCCGAUAAUAAAUGUUGGAAAUGUAAAGAAACUGAAGGUACAUUCUUUCACCUUUGGUGGACGUGCCCAAAGAUCAAGGCGUUCUGGGAGAUGAUCUAUAAUGAAAUGAAAAAGGUAUUUAAAUUUACCUUCCUGAAGAAACCAGAGGCCUUCCUCUUGGGUAUAGUCGGCCAAUUGGUGCCAAAGAAGGAUAGAACUUUUUUAUGUAUGCUACAACAGCAGCAAGAAUACUUAUUGCAAAGUAUUGGAAGACACAAGAUUUACCCACUUUGGAAGAAUGGCAGAUGAAGGUGAUGGACUAUAUGGAAAUGGCGGAAAUGACUGGCAGAAUCCGAGACCAGGGAGAAGAGCUGGUGGAAGAAGAUUGGAAGAAGUUUAAAGACUAUUUGCAGAAAUACUGUAAAAUUAAUGAAUGUUAAAAUGAUGUUGGACUGAAAAUAAGUGGUUUUGGUAAUAAGGUUAAUAAGAAUAUGUAAAUAUUGAUAGUUAUAUGGAUGAAAAUAUAUAGUUAUAAUAGGUUAAGAUACAGAGUAAAGAUAAAUGAAAGAGGGUAAGGAUUUGCUGAAAGGGUUUUGUAAACGGGAAUACAAAAAGGGGAGGUGUGAGGAAGUCAGGGAAGUAAGGAAAUGAAAUGUAAGGUAUGGAAAGAUCGAUGUGUUUUUAAAGUGUUUUUUUAUCUUUUUUCUGUAAUUUGUAUUUUUUUAUUUUUUUAUUUUUCUUUUCUUUUUAUCUAUGUAAUCUUUUCUUUGAAACUUUAAUAAAUAUCAUUUAAAAAAAAAAUAGACAGCCCUGCGGGAACUCCCGCAGGGCUGCCUAGGCUGCGGAUGUCUUCCUGAAGCCUGGACAGCGAGAGGGGUUGGUGCGCACCGACCCCUCUCACUCUCCAAGCUUCAGCGAAAGCCUGCAUUCGCCCCAUAGGACGCACCCAGAUUUCCCCUUCAUUUUUGGAGGGGAAAAAGUGCGUCCUAUAGGGCGAAAAAUACGGUAACUUGUUUGCUGCUGCAUCACACUGUUGACUUAUAUUAAGCUUGUGGUCCACCAAGACCCCUAGAUGCAUUUCACAUGUACUACUAGUAAACCAGGUGUCCCCCCCAUCUUAUACUUGUGCAUCUGGUUCUUCCUGCCUAAGUGCAGAACCUUACAUUUCUCCCUGUUGAAAUUCAUUUUGUUAGCUUGUGCUCAGUUCUCCAAUCUGUUAAGGUCAUCUUGAUUCCUGAUUCUGUCUUUUGUGGCAUCAGCUACCCUUCCCAGAUUGGUGUCUUCUGCAAAUUUGAUGAGCAUCCCUUCAAUUCCUUCGUCCAAGUCAUUGAACAACAAUGAGCCUGGGACACAACACUGUGGUACCCCACUUGUCACUUUUUUCCAGGAUGAUGAAGAACCAUUAAUGAGUACUCUUUUACUCUUUGGGUUUGGUCAGUCAACAAGUCACAAAUCUACCUAACUGUUAUCUUGUUCAACCCACAUUUUACCAGCUCCCUUGCAAGAGUAUCAUGGGGACUUUGUCAAAAACGUUACUGAAGUCAAGUUACACUAUGUCCACCAAAUUCCCCUGAUCCACCAAGCUUGUAACUCCAUCAGAAAAAGAAAUGAGAUUUGUUUAGCAUGACUUGCUUCUGAGGAACCCAUGUUGUGUUUUAGUAAUCACAGCAUCCACAAAUGUGGGAGGGCAGAUUGUUUAUAACAGUGCUUCUUAUUAAACUUGGGUCCUUAGCUGUUGUUGAACUACAACUCCCAUCAUUCCUAGCUAGCUGAGGAUCCAAGUUUGAGAAACACUGGGAGCCUGCUGAGUCACCCAGUGGCCCAUCUAGUCCAGCAUCCUGUUCCCACAGUGGCCAACUGGGUGCCAGUUAUGAGAAGCCCGCAAGCAGGAUCCAAGCACAGGAGCCCUCUCCCUUCUUGUAGUUUCCAACAACUGCUCUUCAGAAGUGCUGCUGUCUCCAACUGUGGAGGCAGAGCAGAGCCAUCCUGGCUGGUAGCCCUUGAUAGCCACCUCCUCCAUCUCCAUGAAUUGGUCCAAUCUUAGCUGAUGGCUAUCCCUGCUUCUGGAGGGAGGGAGUUCCAUCCUUGAACUCUGCAUUGUGUGAAGAAGGACUUCCUUUUAUCUGUCUGGAGUUUCACUCUGCUUUCCCCGCAUCGCAUCCUAUUCGUGAAUCAACAGCGUCAUAAUUACUUUGGCCCUCAGAGCUGCUUGUUUGUUUUAUUAGGUUUAUCUCCUUUGUUUUCCUCCAAGGAGGUUCAGGCCCUGUAGAUCACUUCUGCCUGUCGACAUUUUUUAUCCUUGCAGCAACCCUGUGAGGUUGGCUGGCAACCCCUGCUUUGCCUCAACGUUCCAUGCCAUCAGGUAGAAAACAUGCGCAAUAUCAUCUGAUCCGAAAGCUAAGCAAGGUCAGGCCUGUUUAGUACCUGGAUGGGACCCCCCUGGGAACCACGGGCUUCUGCUGGGAUAGCUCAGUUGGUAGAGCAUGAGACUCUUUAAUCUCAGCCACAGGUUCCAGCCCCAUGUUGGGCAUUGCAGGGGGUGGACUAGAUGACCCUCAUGGUUCCUUCCCACUCUAUAGUUCUAGGAUUCUAGGAUUUGGUCAUGCAACAGCCAGAAUUCCAAAGUGGCUUUGAACGGAUUUUGACUUUUUAUGCCUCUGCAGAGACUGAUCUGCCCCUCUUCUGCUUCAUUGCUGAUCUUUUAUCUCUGGCAUUUUUGCAGAGCGUACGAGAUCCCACUGGAGCAUCGAUUGCCCUCUUCACUGCCAAGUUGCACCAUCCCAACAAAAGCAUCCAACAUGUGGUCCUCCAAGCGCUCUUCUACUUGCUGGACAGAGCUGUGGAGAGGUGAGUAGAAGACUUUCCAUCCCUGUGGGGUUUGCUUCUUUCAGAUGACCGCACUUCAAUAAUGUGUGUGUUUUCCCCUUUGGCAUCCUGUGUGCAGCUUUUUUGCAGCGUUGCCUUCUCAUCUGACCCAGAAUGAGAUCCAUAUAAGAAUACAAGCAAAGCCUUGUGGAUCUGGCCAGUGGCCCAUCUAGUCCAGCGUCCUGUUCUCACAGGGGCCAAACAGAUGCCCCUGGGAAAACUGUAAAGAGGACCUGAGUGCAAGAGUCCUCUCCCUUCCUUCGGCUGCAACGGCUCUUCAGAAGAGCUUACUGCCUUCAGUUGUGGAGGCAGAGCAGAGCCCUCAGGGCUCGUAACCACAGAGAGUCCUCUCCUCCAUGAAGCUGUCUAAUCCUUGGUGGCCAUCACUGCCCCCUGCAGGAGGGAGUUCCAUAGUUCAGCUCUGUGCUGUGUGAAGAAGGACUUUCUUCUAUCUGCCCUGAAUCUCCCAACAUUCAGCUGGAAGCCCACAAAUUUCAGUGUUAUAAGAGAGAGAGAGAGAAAAACUUUCCUCCAUCCCUUUCUCCUUGCAAUGCAUAAUUUUAUAAACUUCUGUCAUGAAGAAGAGUGCAUGUUAAUUCUGGAUAACUUCAGUCAAAUAGUUAAGCACAUACUUUAUCCUGUUAAAUUAAAAUACUUAACAUUGACUGGUUUAUGAUCUCAAGGAUCACAAGGACCAAAAGCCCAUCUUGUCCUGUCUCUCAUGGUGGCCAACAAGAUGCUUCUUGCGAAGGCCACAAGCAGGAGAUGAUUCAUCAGCGAUCUCUCCCUGUUACUUUCCUCCAAAGGGUAUUCAGUCAUCUGCUGCCUCUGAUCCUGGAGGUUCAAUGUAGUAAUCAUGACUUAAUGGCCAAUGACAGACCUCUCCUCCUUCAUGGAUUGGUCUUACCUCCUUUUAAAGCCUUCUGAGUUGGUUGCCCUCACCUUAACCUCUGGCAAUGAAGAUUCCUAUCAAUUAAUCCUGGGCUGUUUGCAGAAAUACUUCCUUUUCUCUCUGCCAAACAUGGGAGGACCCUGAGCUCUCAUGGAAUGAGAGUGGGAGAACAUCUCCCUAUUCACCAGGUGUCAUUUUAGAAACCUAUAAGCAGCAUCCUAAACAUCUCAGGUUCUGCUGAUUUUUCCAUUUUUGUCCUCAUUCCGACACAAUGGAUAUGCUGUUGGGCUGUUACCAAAGUCCUAAUUUGUGCACACUUUCUCUUUUCUACCCCCUGCCAGCUUCGAAACUCAGCGAAAUGGCCUGGUAUUUAUAUAUGACAUGGCAGGCUCCCACUAUACCAACUUUGAGCUGGAUCUCAGUAAGAAAAUCCUGAACCUUCUGAAGGUAAAAGGAAAGGCCAUUGGUGUCGGGGGGGGGGGCAACCUCUGUUUCUGCCAAGGGCUGCACUCCUGUGGGGUUGAUCCCUACCAGCGGCUGUGUGCUGGCUAUGGGCAGGGAUGAAACCAGUGGUGGACUGGGUCACCCACCCCAGUAGGCAGGACCCCUUUUUCUCUCUCUCUCUGUCCUGCCCCCCUUCUCUUUCUGUCACCCCCCUUUCCCCUCUCUCAUUCUCGCUGGCUCCCUGCCCAGAAGCCUUAAGCAAUUGCUUAUCAAGGGCUGUGGGAAGGAGGCCAAGGCCUGUCGGCUACAGAGACCUGGAUGGAUCCUGGAGUCACUUGGAGUUCUGUCCUCCCUCUCAUUGCGGAGGUUCCCCUUGGUUUGGCUAACAUUAUGGCAUGAGGGGAGGCAUCAAGAAUGGGGCAUUUUACGGAGUAAAUAAAUGGGGUAGCCGUCAAGGUGGCUCUUGGCUCGGAAAGAUGGCAAAGUAGCCACGAGCUUGUGGCUUGUGGUGUCCCUCCAGACGGUGUUGCACUAUAAGUCCCAUCAGCCUUUGCAGUGGUCAUGCUGGAUGUGGCUGAUGGGAGCUGUGGUCCAACAGCAACUGGAGGCCACCCGGAUGGGCCGGACUGACCUUGUCUCUGGCCUCCCCCUUGCCUACCUUGGGAGGGGGAAGCAGCUGGAGGAAGGCUGUGAUGCUGCUCUUAAAGGCUUAAAGGGUGAUGGGCCUGGGAGUCGGGUGGUCCUUCUGUCAGUAGCCAGCAUGUCUAGUGGUUAGACCAUUGGAUAAAGACCUGGGGGACCAGGGUUCAAAUACCUGCUCGAUCAGAGAGCUCCCUGGGUGACCUUGGGGCAGUCGCAGCCUCACAGCCUAACCUACCUCACAGGGUUGUUGGGAGGGGCAGGGAACCUGGUGUGCCACCAUCAGUUCUUUAGAGUAAAGGUGGGCUAUAAAUGUGGAUAAUGGUGGCAGGAAGAGCCAUAAUAGUAGCAGCCAAGAGGCAUAGCUGUCAACUUACAGAUUUGAAAAUAAGGGACCAGCAGCCAAAAUAAGGGAUUUUAGUCAACCAGUUGAAAUACAAAGUUAAAAGGGGCAAGAUAAUUUUGGAGAGCAGCGCCGGUUUUUAGCCCUUCGUUUCCAGAGGUUGCUGCUCAAGACACCAGCUGAUGAAACACUGCAAUUAAAUAACUACAAGCAGCAACCACUUUUUGCACAAAACAAAGUCCAAGCUACGAAGAUGCUGCUGCAGUUCUGUAUCUUUUCUCUCGUGCUCCAUCUGCAGCUCUCAGUUCCAUCAGGCGGGGCAGGAGGAAGGUGGGGGAAAUAGCGCCCGAAGUAAACCCGCAGAUCAGACCAUCUAUGCUAGUCUACCACUACAAAUCUAUGGGAGAAGCGCUUGCGGUCCUUCCUCUGCUUUCCCCCUCUAUGGUUAGCCCUUGGAACACCUGCCCGCGCCUCCGCCUCCGCCUCCGCCUCCUCCUCCUCCUCCUCCUCCUCUCUCUGAACUGCUUUCUCUAUGGUUGCCCUCGCUCUCCUUUCAAGGCUCCUCAGCAAUUCAUAGGGCGCACCAGGCUGCCCAUCUCAUCCGGGUCCUUUGAUGGCGCAGCUGCAGUACGGCCUAGCGGGAGCGGUGGCGGCGACAGGCAGAGGGGAGGCCCCAGGCAGAGACGCUCAGUUUGGCGGCUGCGAGGAGGAUGACAGCGGAAGGGCCCGAGGCUCCCACCAGUCUCGGUGGGGAGGGGCUCCCGGGGGCCGAGGCUGGUGAGAGGAGGCUGGAGGGGGGUGAGCCGAGCAGCCAAGCAACACAGUUGGAGCCUCCCUCCUCCCUGGCCAGCAGGGAGGGAGAGAGGGAGAGGAGCUGCUUCCUUUGAAACCCGGGAAAUUUAAGGGACAUCAUAAAUAAGGGACAGCAGCGGGACACGGCACUGGGAUAAGGGAGUUUCCUGCCAAAUAAGGGAUGGUUGACAGCUAUGCCAAGAGGUAAGGUAUCAAAGAUUCUGUAUGAUUAAGAACAUAAGGAGAGCCUUCUGGAUGAGGCCCAUGGCCCAUCCCGUCUAGCAUCUUGUUCCCACAGCAGCCAUCAGAUGGCUGCAGGAAACGCACAAGCAGGACCCAGGCCCAAGAGCCCCCUCCCCGCCUGUGGUCUCCAGCAACCAGCAUUCACAAGCUUUAUUCCCUCUGGCCAGGAGAAGGAGCAGAACCCUCCUGGCUAGUAGCCAUUGAGAGCCUGCUUCUCCAUGAAUGGGUCUAAUACUUUUUUAAAGCUGUCCCAAGUUCUUUUUUAAUGCCCCCUGAAUCUUCCAACCUUAAGAUGUAUUGGCUGUCCACAUGUUUUAAUGUUAUGGGAGAGGGAGAAAAACUUUUCUCUCUGCUCUUUCUCCCUGUCAUUGAUCUUUUUAUAGACUUCUCUCAUGUUGCCUCCCUUACCUCCCUUUUCUCUUGGGACUAAAAAGUCCCAAAUGGUGCAACGUUUCCUUGUUGAUUUCCCCCCCUUUACACUCUUAAGCAUGUUACUCUUAGAAGGUGUCUACUUUUUUUAAAAAGAAUCCUGUUGGUAUUUCACUUUUGAAGUGGGAGAGCUCUCCUCUCUUGCCCAGUGACAUCAGUGUGGUGCAGAGGAUGUUUUCACCUGCACUGGAAUACCAAGAUAUGCAGUCAUGCCUUUUGGAUGGUCCCUCAUAAACUGGAGAAAGGGACAUACAAUGGUACCUUGGUAGUCGAACAGCUAGGCUCCUAAACAAAUCGGCUCCCGAACACCACAAACUCGGAAGUGAGUGCUCUGGUUUGUGAACGUUUUUCAGAAGCCGAGCGUCCAAUGUGGCUUCCGUGGCUUCCGAUUGAGUGCAGGAAGCUCCUGCAGUCAAUCGGAAGCCUCAUCUUGGUUUUCAAACCAUUUUCGGAGUCGGAUGGACUUCGGAAUGGAUUAAGUUCGAGAACCAAGGUACCACUGUACUUAAUUUAAGCAAGUUUAUCCACUAAGACCUAAAGCACUGGGGAUGUAUCCAAUAAAGGCUGUACCCAGACUAGGCCUAUUGAACAGUCAUGCCUGUCAUUUUUAAAUGGGUCUAGUCUGAGUGGGGCUAACAUGGAACUCAAUCCACCAACUGGCUGAUGAGAUGCUGGUGAAUUGGCAAAUCACAGAGAUGGAACACAAAUGCAGAACCAAAGAGGUCAUCACCUUGGACAGGAUGACAGCAGUCCCUGCGGUUCAGUCAAGGCAUUUGAAGCCAUUUCCCAGAAAAGUCAGAAGCAACCAUUUCCUCUAUUUAAUUGACCUUUUUUAAAAAACAAAAAACAAAAUUAAACUAAUAUAAAUAAAAAAGAGCAUUUGAGGUUCCAUAAAUGUGUUCAUCCAAUUAAAAGUGAGUCAGUUAAUUACCCUGGAGCAGUGGAGUGCUUGUUCGAAAUCGGAGCUUAUGUCAUGGAAACUCUCUCUGUCCCUUAAGCCCGAAUAGGAAGACCGUGCAGCGGAAAUGUGUUCUCUCCCCACCCCCUGUUAGGACUCCUUUUUAUUUAGUUCAUUGUUUCACAACAAAAAUGCAAAGAGCAACGGCCUUUUACUGAGUCAAACCAUUGUUCCAUCUAGCUCAGUAUUGCCUACACUGACCGACAGCAGCUUUCCAGGGUUUCAGACUGGACUCUCUCCCGGCCACACCUGGAAAUGCUGUUGGGGAGGGAACUUUUCUCUACAUGUAAAGCAGUGACAAUAACCACAACCUCCCCCCAACAAAAUUCUCUUGUUGGUUUGCCAGGGAGGGAGGAGUUGCAAAGGGACUGCAAAAUUGCCUUCCAGGUUUCUCUUCAUCUUCUGUGGAGCCCUGAAACCUCACUUUGCCAUCUUUGCAUAUACUUGGGUCUUCCCUCUGUUGGCCACAGGAGGAGAAAGCAAAAAGGUUGGCAAGAGGGUGUUGCUGUCUUGCUCACAAUCCAGAUUGAUUCCCGUUUGGCUGCUGGCGCUCAAGCCAGUUGCCCGACUUUCAGAGACACCUGUGGAAAUCCUUCCUAUUGGACCAGCACUUUGAGGUGUUGGCUGAAAUGUUAUAUGGCUGUCUCCAACUAAGUUCUUCUCAGGGUAGACCGAUUGCAGUUAAGGGGACUAAGUUGUGCCCAUUAAUUUCAGUGGGCUUACUCUCAAGUCAGACUAGAGUGAGUUAUAGUCUUCAAUAAGGCUGAGUGAGCCUUCGACACUUCAGGCAGCAGCUGCUGGAGGGGAGCAGCUGAGCCCCCAGCAAUCCAUCUCCUUGGGAAGACAGAGGCGUAUGGUGGUGCGGCUUGUUGGCCCCCUGCCCUCGGUAAAGCGGCCUGCUCCCCUCAGGUGUGCUAGAGGAUACACCUGAGGUAAAUUUCAGAUUCUCAUUCUGCACAUGGCAGGCAGAUUUGAUUUGGUCCUUUGCCUGAGGCAGCCAGAUGUCUUGGGCUGACUCUGGAAAAAAACAUAAACAAUUGGCCUCUGCCUCAUAAGAAGCACCUGCUGGAUCAGGUCCCUGUGGCCCAUCCAGUGGCCAGCCAGAUGCCUCUCUGGGGGAAGUCCGCAAGCAGGGCUGGAGAGCAAGAUCACAAUUCUGUCCCCUUGCGAUGCUCAGCAGCUGGUCCCUCACAGGCAUCGCUUUCUCUGUCUAUAGGUCAGGCAGGGCAGAGCUGUUGGGCCAUAGCCAUCAAUAGGCUUCUCCAGAAACCUCGUGUGUGCGUCAAGUGGCUCCCUGUCAUGGAUAAUGCUGACAGCAAUUCAGAAACAUAAAUUUCCUCCUCCAAACUGUUCUUCCCUGCCUCUUCUCAGGGAGCCUUCCCAGCCCGUCUCAAGAAGGUAUUCAUUGUGGGUGCUCCUAUGUGGUUCCGAGUGCCAUACUCCAUCAUCAGCCUGCUGCUUAAAGAGAAACUCCGGGAAAGGGUGAGUGGGCCUCCACCGUUCACCAUCUCCAUCGUGCUGCUCCUCCUCCUCCUCCUUCUUCCUACUGCUACUGUUGUUACUAUUACUGUUGUUAUUAGUUAUUGUCCGCCCUUUCCCUUAAGCUCCUAGGGCAAGUUGCAACAAUCAAAACACAGUAUUAAAAACAGUUUAAAACAACUUGCAAUAGCUGAAAUAAGGUGGGAUCCAAAAAUAUGCACCUCAAGUGUCACAAGCCAAGAUAAAGAGGUGCAUCUUCAGUGUUCGCCGGAAGCUACCGUAUUUUUCGCUCCAUAAGACGCACCUAGUUUUUAGAGGGGGAAAGCAAGAAAAAAAUAUAUUCUGCGCAAAGCUCUCGCUUUUCUUGCUUUAAACCCUUCCGUCCCUCCUCCCGCUUCGCUGAGAAGCCAGCAGAGCAAGAGCAAGAGCGCUGCAGCGCCUCUUCUGCUGGCUUCCCAGCAAAGCGGGAUGAGGGACGAAAGGGAGCCCUUACAAGGAAGCGCUGAGCAGAGCCUGGCAGCGGCUCUUGCUGGCUUUUCCGGGAGGUGUGGGAAGGGACAGAGGACAGCCUGUCAGUCCCUUCUCCCUCCUCAGGGAAAAGCCCCCAAGAGCCACACUCCCUUUAAAGAGCCACCCUGCGCGUGUGUGUGGAUCUUGGGGGCUUUUAAACAAACGCUCCACGCGGCUCUUUAAAGGGAGCACUGAACAGAGCCUCCUGCCUGCAUUCGCUCCAUAAGACGCACACACAUUUCCCCUUACUUUUUAGGAGGGAAAAAGUUUGUCUCAUGGAGCGAAAAAUGCGGUAUGUAAUGAAGGUGCCAGGUGCACCUCUGUGGGAAGGGUCUCCCACAACUUAGGGGCCACCUCAGAGAAGUCCCUCUUCCAGUCUCCCCUCCCCACCGUGCCUGUGAGGAUGAGGAAACAACUAGAAGGGCCCCCUCUGUCAAUCUCAGCACCUUGUAGGAGGUUUUGUGGGGGAGGAGGCAGUUUCCAGGUAUGCGGGGGGGCAGGGGGGCUGAGUAAUUUAUGGCUUUAAACACCCACCUGAGCACCUUGAAUUGGGCCUGGAAACAAACUGGCAAGCAAUGCCAUCACCUGACUGCUGCAUUUUGUUGUUGUUUAGUUGUGUCCAACUCGCCUUCCAGGGCAGCCCCACGCAGAGUGCAGCGAAGGGUUCAUGUUUUGCUGUGCCUCCCUUUCUACCUGCCCCCUCUCUUGUAGGUCCAGAUGGUGAAGAUGUCUGAGCUGAAGGAGCACCUGCCCCAAGAGUGUCUCCCCGAGUACCUGGGCGGAUCCCUCAAACUAGAUCCCCUCAGCUGGAACUGCAGGUUCCUCCCACAGCAGAACGGCCACCCGGACCCCCUUGAUGAGCUGAUUCUGGUGCCACUGGCAUCACCCCGGGACAACGGCUCGGUGCACACGCCGGGGCCAAAGGCCAUGACGGUGCAGGAGGUGCUGGAGCACGUCACCCAGAAGCAGAAGCGGGGCAUCUAUGAGGAGUACGAAGGCAUCCGGCGCAGGAGCCCGGCAGGAACAUUUGCCUGCUCCUUGUAAGGGUUCAAGUGUGGCACUGGGGGCAAGAGGUGUGGCAGAAGGGGGAGGGUGAUUGCUCCUGGCGCCCUUUGCCGGGGAGCACCCAUAGGAUUCCGCAGUCUUGGGAAGAGAAACUCCCCUUUCCUCGCCCCACCCAAUGUCCAGUUUCAUCCAAUUUCUGCAACAUUUCUUAGGUCUUCACUUGUAGCCUUGUUUGUGGCCUGCAGAGCACCAGGUGGUUGGCUCAGAGAACAAUCAAACCAGCUCUUGACUGUGGUCAGUGUCAGGGUGUAUCCUGUCAUUUUUCAGGUACACUGGGGAAAUUUAUCCCAUGCGGCAAUGUGCACAGGAAUUAAGCUCUCCAACAGAUCCAUAUUGAAGAACAUAAGAGGAGCCUGUCGGUUCAGCUCCACGGCCCAUCACGUCCAGCCUCCUGUUCUCACACUGUCCAGCCAGAUGCCUCUCUGGGGGAAACCCACAAGCAGGAUUUGAGCCCAAGAGCAGCCCUCCCCUCCUGUGGUCUUCAGCAACUGCCAUUGAGAAGCCUUGCGGAGGCGGGGCAGAGCCACUGUGGCCCCCAAUAGCCUCUCCUCCAAGGAUUUGUCAAAUCCUCUUUUAAAGCUGCCUAGACAGAUGGCCUCCACUGCCUCUUGCCUGAGGAAGGACUUCCCUUUUAUCUGUCCUAAAUCUUCCAACACUCAACUUCCUUGUAUGUCCCUGAGUUUGUGUGUGUGUGUGUGUGUGUGUCUUCUUUAAUCCAGAGGCCCCACAAGGCCAGGUUCCCCAUCUCCUUGUGUUGCACUCACUGUGCCUGCUCUUGCUUGCCACAGGUCUCCCUUCAACCAGGAGAAGAACAGAUAUGGGGAUGUGCCGUGCCUUGACCAAACGAGGGUGAAGCUGUCCAAGCAAUUCAGCUAUCCAGAGGUAAGCUGGCUGAGAGUUUUGGCUCUGCAAAGCUGCCUUGUAUUGAAUCGGACUGUCGGUCUAGCUCAGCCUUCCACAAUCUGGUUCCCUCUGGUAUUUAUUGGCUAUAUUUAUUGAUCACUCUUUUUUCCCCCAAGGGUAACUCAAACUAACUUACAAAAUCUAAAUGAAUAAAACGCACAAUAGUAAAGGUCAAUCCUGAUUUUAAAACAUAGAAUUCAAACGGCCUACAAAGUAAAGGAGGCCAGAGAUUAUUAAAGAGCCAAAGACUUGGAGAAAAAGCUGACCCAGGGAGAGCAUUCCACAAGCAGGGAGCCACCACUGAAAAGGCCUAUUCUUGGGGUGCCAGCCUCCCGCCAAAGGGGCGGGUGAAGAAGGGCCUUGCAUAAUGAUCCCAAGGUCUGGGCCAGUUCAUAGGGGGAGAAUCAGUCUUGGAGGUAUUGGGUUCAUGAGCAGCAGAAGGCUCCAUAGGUCAAAACCAGCACUCUGAAUUGGGAGCCAGUGCAGUCAGGCUUGGGUUGAAGGAGCAUCUCCACCCCCAUCAUUCUGCCCGGACACUGAGGUCCAGCGCCGAGGGCCUUCUGGCGGUUCCCUCACUGGGAGAAACCAAGUUGCAGGGGGCCUUCUUGGUAGUGGCACCCACCCUGUGGAACACCCUCCCAUCAGAUGUCAAAGAUAUAAACAACUACCGGGUUUUUAGAACACAUCUGAAGGUAGCCCUGUUUAGGAAAGCUUUUAAUGUUUGAUGGACUACUAAUAAAAGUUUAAUAUUUUGUCGGAAGCUGCCCAGAGUGGCUGAAGAAACCCAGCCAGAUGUGUGGGGUAUAAAUAAUAAAUUUAUUAUUAUUAUUAUUAUUAUUAUUAUUAUUAUUAUUAUUAUUUAUUUUGGUAUUUUGUGCUCCAGUGAGCAGCCUGGCCCCCAAUUUUUGCACCAACUGCAGUUUCCAAGCCACCUUCAAAGGAUGCUGGGCUACAACUCCCAUCAUGCUUCCUAAGUGGUCCUGCUGGCUAGGGCUGAUGGGAGCUGGAACCAAAUAUCAUCUGGGGGCACCAAGUUUGGGAGAGUGCUAUUGUCUGCACUGACUCAGAGCAGAGAGGUCAGUUUCUUCAUGCAGAAAGUUUGAAAAAUGCAUAUCAUUAUUCAAAGUAAAUGCAAGCCAGAAAUUGGGGUUCUUGUGCCAUGCUUCCCACCCCCAAAAAACCCUCCCACAAAUUCUGUGCUUGCAAUCAAUGUGAGCAGAUGACAUUUGUGGAAAUGGCACCCCUGUUUUCUAAAGACAUUUCUCUUCCACGUUUGUGUUGUCCAAGGAAUUCUGGACAGCUUACUUAGUGUUUGGUUCCAUUAAACUCUGUCAGGAUGGUGAAGCAGGUGAACAGCAAUGAGCCCAAGAUCGCCUUGUGAGCUUUGUGACUGAGUGGGGAAUUCAGCCAGGUCUCACCGCUCUUGUGUUCAUUUACAUGAGUUCUACAUUUCCAGGCAACCCUCCAGAAGCAGUGUGCAGAGUCAGGAAGUAGCUAAUGGGGAAGGGCUGUCAUUCAGAGAGAUGAUAUUGUGCUACACCAACAACAGCUUAGGGCAAGGGCUCAGAGCUUAGUGGUAGAGCAGCUGCUUUGCAUGCAAAAGGUCCCAGGUUCAAUCCCCAGCAUCUCCAGAUAGAAGAACCAUCAGGUGAGACGAAAGAUGUUCUCUUCCUCAACAGCCGCUGCCAGUCUGAGUCAAGUUACAGGGCCAACCAGGUUCUGCCUGAAAGAAGGCAGCUUUUUAAUCCAGUUCAUGUAUUCAUAGAUAACAGACUGUCUCGAACCAAGCAGCUCCACUAGCAAAAGCAUUUUAGAUGGUGCAACAAAAUUCGUCCUCCCUCUCCUUUCCCUGGGUACCCCCUAAAUCGCUGCGGGUUUCCCUCCAACCCUCCCUCUGGAGCAUUUCUCCUUCCUGCGUAGAAUUGGGACCCAAUUUAGCCUUUGUCAUGCAGUGGUGCAGGAGGAAAGCCAUGGGCUGUUGCCCCCCCCUUUUUCUCCCCUGCACAUACUCAUGCGCCCCCCAAGGGUGUUAUGGUGUGCCUCUGCUUGGGUGUCACUGCUUUGGCCUGUCUGUCAGGGUGACCUUUCCUGUUGCGUCUCUCCAGCUGACAGAUUACAUCAACGCCAGUUUCAUGGAUGGCUACAAGCAGAGGAAUGCAUACAUUGGCACCCAAGGUAGGGAGGCCCUGGGCACAUCGGUGUUUGGGGUGGUGAUCUGGCCAGGGGAGCAGGGUGGGUGGGCGGGCAGCCACUGCAUUCCUGCAGAGACCGUGUUGCAGAGGAAGCAGUGGUGGCACUUUCCAUCACAAGCUGAGAUUCAAAUUAGAAGAGACUGGCUGGAUCAGACGAAAGUCCCGCCUAAUCCAGUGUCCUGCUUCUCAUGGUGGCCGACCAGAUGCCCCUUGGAAGCUCAGGAGCAGGACUGGAGUGCGACAUCACUCUCCUGGCUGGUGAGUCCCAGGAACCGGCACGCAGAGGCCUGCUCCGUUUGACCAUGGAGGCAGCAGAAGGCUUUGCAGACAGGAGCAGCUGAUUGCUGUUCUCUUCCAUGAAUCUGUCUGAUCGCCUUUUAAAACCACCCAAGUUGGGGGCCAUCACAGCCUCUUGUGAAAGCGAAUUCCUUUUUAUUAUUAAUUUUAUUUAUAGAAUUUUUGAAGAGAUAAACAAUAAUCCAACAUCAUUUCAUGGAAUUCCAUGGUUUGGCACUGUGCUUCCAUCGUUCAGCUUCAUUGGCUGCCUCCAAGUUCUAACAUUAGGAUAAAUAAACUAUUUUUCUGCUUUCCCCAUGCAUAACCUUAUGCACCUGCCAUUGUAUACGUUGCUCAGAAUUUUUCCUGAACUAAAAUGUCCCAGAUGUAAUCUUUCUUCUCAAAGGGAUUUCUCCAUUCUCCUUGAUCUUUUUGGCGGCCCUUUGCUGAACCUUUUCCAUCCCUACAAUAUCCCUUCUGAGGUGAGGCCUCUCUGCACCUUCCUAGGGUGCCUUUCCAGUGAGUUCUGCCCCCCACUCCAAGGUGUUCAGAGCUUUGCUGUGUACAGUUCUGGUCACGCCACCUAAAAAUGGAUAUUGUGGAGUUUGGAGACAUGCAGAAGAGGGCAAGUGAAAGGAUCAUGAGAUGGAGUGACUCCACCAUGAGGAAAGCUGGCAGCAUUUGGGACUUCUUAGUUUAGAAGAAAGGCCAGUAAGAGGUGUUGCGAGAGAAGCUUAUAAAAUGAGGCAUGGCAUAGAGAAAGUGAAUAGAGAAUUUCCCCCCUCUCCUCUCUCGUAACACUCAUAGACAACCAAGGAAUCUGAAUGUUAGAAAAUAAAGGACAGGUAAAAGAAAGUCCUUCUUCAUACAGUGCAUAGGUAACCUGUGGGAACUUACUGCUGCAGAAGGCAGUGAUGACCCCCUCGCCAGCUGGCUUCAAAAGGGGGUUGGACAAAUUCAUGGAAGAGGUGCUCUGCUCUGCUGCCCUGGCCAGAGGGAAUAAUGUUUUUGGAUCCAGUUGCUGGAAACCUCAGGAGGGGGAGAGGGCUCUUGUGCUCCAAUCCUGCUUGCAGGUUUCCCAGAGGAUUCUGGGAGAACAGGGUGCUGGGUUAGAUGGGCCCUGGAGCUGAUCCAGCACUUCCUCGUGUGCUUGGGAUCCCCAGUAACUGGUAUUCCAGGACAGGCAGCACUACCCAGCCCACCACUCCCCUGUCCAGCUCCUUAAUGGAGCUAGCUGUGCCCCCAGCAUCUCAAUGCAGAGAUAGGGAACAUGUGGCCCUCCAGAUGUGGUUGAACUUCCUGUUGCAUAUUUAGCAGAUUAAUUGCACUGCAGAAAGUGUGCUGGGGAGACCACACAUUCAGGAAACAAUGAAGAAACGCAAAAAUAUAUUUUGCUUGGCUUUAAUUACAAAAACAAAAACUCCUCUUACAUUAAAUCUAUAAGUAUGACCCAUUCACCAGGGUAGUGAGAGAGGUACAUGCUCCUCUUUAUAUACUAUACCCAAUUGCUGACACAGCUUAAUUAACACAACUUAACAGCACCUAGAAUCAUAGAAUCAUAGAGUUGGAAGAGACCACAAGGGCCAUCGAGUCCAACCCCCUGCUAUACUGCUUCACAGCUAUAAAACUAGGUCAUAAUAUUUACUCUGGCCUUUAAAGAGAUACACAUCUUGUGAAACAAUAAUGAACCUUAAUAUUUAAAUAAACCAUUCAACACUUCCAACUCCCAUUAGCACCAAACCAACAUGGCCAGCGGUCAGGGAUGAUGAGAGCUGUAGUCCAGUGACAUUUGGAGGGCCACAGGUCCCCCCCUCUCCCAUCACCAUCCAGGACCUCCCAAGGUGAGAGCUUCAGUUUUAGCUCUCUUGGCCAAUAGGCUUGAACCAGAGGUUGGGGAAGCUGCGGGCCUCCAGAUGUUGCUGGACUACAACACCCAUCAUAGGUCGUGUGGGCUGGGGGUGAUGGGAGCUGGAGUUCAAGGAUUCCAGCAGGGCACCCUUUUGCCCAUGGGCUUCUUGCAAUACUUUGGAAAAGCCCCCUAAGACGAUGACUGUUGCCGCAGUUUUCUCACCACAUCUUACGGUACUUAUUUGGUGGGAAUGCAUUUAGCAAGUUAACCAUGGGUUGAGGAGUUGUCUGAAGCUGGGUUUUAGCAAGCCAGGCUGUUGUUCCGCCCAGUCCAGGGCUCUCUGGCUGGCAGCAAAGCUUCAUGAGCUGAGAGUCCUUUGAAGGGGAAAUGCCAGGGAGAAUGAAUCCUUACAUUAAACCUUUAAAUGAAGUCUAGUGGCUUUAGAUGGGACCUGGGGAACCAUGGUUUGCAUCCCCAUACAACCAGAAGACCUUGGGCCAGCCAUCUUCUCUCAGCCUUGUUUACCUCACAGGGCUGCUGGGAAGAUGAAUAAGGGGAGGGAGAACAUCUGCAUCACCUGGAACUCCUUGGAGGAGAAAUAGGAGGCCUUCAGUUCCUUUCCCUUCUUAAUUUGUGUCUGUCUGUGUGUGCUGCUGCUUCUCUUCAGGGCCGUUAGAGAACACAUAUGGUGACUUUUGGCGCAUGGUGUGGGAGCAAAAUGUGUUGGUGAUAGUCAUGACUACGAGGUGAGUGUUCAGGCAGAGCCACACCUUCUUUCUGCACCUACACUCUGCCUUGGAACUGGGAGAGGCACAGGUGCCCCACUAACUGACCACCUGCCAUUUGUUGGCUCAGAGGUUCAGGUGCCCACUUACUUAUUUAUUUCAUGAAGUUUAUACAUGGCUUGAUUGUUAAAAAGAAAAGAAAGAAAAUCCUCAGAGCGGUUUACAAAGAGAAAAAACAAUAAAGUCAUCAGUAAAAAAGGAUGCUUUAAAACAUUCAGGAAUCAAAAUCUACAAUAAACUAAGUAAUGGGUGGGAGAGCUGAAAAUAAUUCACAUCUGGCAACCAAUGUGCCCCUUUGGCUUCAGAUAGGACAUGGGUAGGUAAAGGUAAAGGGGACCCCUGACCAUUAGGUCCAGUCAUGACCGACUCUGGGGUUUUGGCGCUCAUCUCGCUUUACUGGCCAAGGGAGCCAGCGUACAGCUUCUGGGUCAUGUGACCAGCAUGACUAAGCCGCUUCUGGUGAACCAGAGCAGCGCACAGAAACGCCGGAGCGGUACCUAUUUAUCUACUUGCACUUUGACGUGCUUUUGAACUGCUAGGUGGGCAGGAGCAGGGACCGAGCAACAGGAGCUCACCCCGUCGUGGGGAUUCGAACCGCUGACCUUCUGAUCGGCAAGUCCUAGGCUCUGUGGUUUAACCCACAGCGCCACCCGCGUCCCAUAGGACAUGGGUAGACAAGGCUAAAAAGCCCAGGACAGAAAUGUUCAUGGUGGCUCCUUGACCAGAAGCAAUGUAUUUAGCAUUAACUCUAGAAGUGUACACUCGAUUAUGACCAAACAGCCUCCUAGAGCAAAAUAUACACCAGGAUUACUCAAAAGCACACACACAAAUUUCAUAGAAUCAUCAAAUCCUUGAACUGUAAAGUUGGAAAGGACCCUCUGCAAACUGCUUGAACUUGGCCUGGUAGAUAUGCAGAUGUCAUUCACAGGAAACAUGGAGUCUUUCUUCAGUGUGGGCUUCUGAUUAAAUCGGUUAGCCCUUCAACUUCCCUUUCUUGUGUUCAAGGCUGGAAGAAGGAGGCAGACGGAAGUGUGGCCAAUACUGGCCAUUGGAGAAAGACUUCCAGACUUGCUAUGGAAACCUGACGGUCACCAAUCUGGGAAUAGAGAACCUCAACCAUUACAAGAAAACCAUUCUGGAGAUCUACAACUUUGAGGUAACCACAAAUUUCUCUAAGUAUUUCUCAAACUUGAGUCUUCAGCUAUUGUUACACUACAACUCCCAUGAUCCCUAGCUAGCAGCACCAGUGGUCAGGGAUGAUGGUAGUACAACAACAGCUGGAGACCCAAGUUUGAGAAACACUGCCUAAGGCAGUAUUGUGUUCUGGUCCUGAGGAAGAGCCCCACAAGACAAGGCAGGUUGGUUGUCCCAGCACCAAGGCGGGCUGCUAGGGAGCAACUUGCUCCUGCUGAGAAGGGCCAUAGCUGAGUGGCAGAGCAUCUGUUUUGCAAGCAAAAGCUCCCAGGUUCAAUCACUCCAGGCAGGGUUGGGAGAGACUCCUCCCUGCCUGGAAUCCUGGAUAGACUAUCCUGAGAAUGUUUGUGUUCCUAAUACAGACACAGGGAACUCUAUAAAUGGACAAUGUGUGUAAUGUCUGAUUCAUGUUGGACAUUGUGAACAUUAGAUAUGUUGAUCAGUGAAUCUGCAGUGUAUCCAGCUGGAGAAUAUUCCUACUGAUAAAGCAGAGUAAAACGCCUUGUGGACAGUCAAGUGUUGGGCCUACUCGCAAGUGUCACUGGGAGGCCGAGGGCACAGCAUACGUACUUUAUGCAAGGCCUCUCAGAAUUCUGGGCCAAAUUAGCCUGAAUUCAGCAGCAAGGAUGGCCAGGUUCUUCAUUCUGAAUAAAUACUGAAAAGUUGGGUACUUUCACUUAUUUUGCACCUUUGAUUCUGCCUUUUCUGUGGUGACCAGAAGCUAUGCAGAACUGAGUCUCCAGUGUCUGGAAAUCUUGAUAGUUACAUUUUGUGUUUCUUUGGGCUGUAGCCAAUGUAAAGGUAAGGUAAAGGACCCCUGGACAGUUAAGUCCAGUCGAAUUUGACUAUGGGGUGCGGCACUCAUCCCCUCUUUAGUGUUGAGUUAAAUUCAUGUGGCAAUAGUGCAUACUUGCCAGUGGAACGUUGUUUCACAAGACAAUGUGUAAGUGGCUUGCUGGCAACUUUGUGGCACAACAGAUUGUGCAAUCUGUUGCACAAAAUAGUUUUCCCCAGUGCAGCUCUUGCAUUUGAUUAAUCCGUUGUGCAACAUUGCAACUCCUUAGUCAGCCAGCACAAGAGCCUUUGCCUGAGUGCACAGAGAACAUUUAAUAGAGCCCUGAUUGCUCAGCAGCCAUUGUCUCCAUAGAGAGUCAGUGUGACUUAGCAGAUAGAGUGCUGCUCUAAGACCUGGAAGACGCGGGUUCAAAUCCCCACUCUGCAAUUAAUCUCACUGAGUGACCUUGGGCCAGUUACUCACUUUCAGCCUAACCUGCCUCACAGGGUUGUUGUGGGGGUUAAAUGAGGAGAGGGAGAACCAUGUAUGCCACCUUGAACUCCUUGGAGGAAAAGGUGGGAUAGGAAUGCAUUAAAAUAAAUAAUAAACAAACAAACAAACACUUUCAAAUAUAUUUACUUGGGGUUCCCAUUAUGGGUAUACAGUUGGGGCCUGCUGCUUAUGUCAACCUGUGAAGUAAUUGUGACCCUUCCAGGAAGCAAUCACUGCUGAUCUAAGGAGAAGAGGUGUGAGAAAUGGGGGGGGGGCAUGUCCAGGUAAAGGGGGUGACAUAAGAGAAGGGACAGGCAAGAUUCCUUUCUCCAUUCCUUUCUCCCCUUUCCGCCAUUCUUCCCUCCGCAGAGCCGCGAGAGGCGACUGGUGACCCAUUUCCAGUAUGUGAGCUGGCCUGACUAUGGUGUCCCGACCUCAGCAGCAACUCUCAUCGACUUCCUGGGGGCUGUCAAACAUCAGCAGAGGGUGGCUGUCAGUGCCUUGGGGCCACGCUACAAAGGCCAUCCUGGUGGGCCACCUAUUGUGGUGCAUUGCAGUGCUGGCAUUGGCAGGACAGGUAAGGAUGCCAAGACAAAGAAGCUUUCAGUGGACGCGGGUGGCGCUGUGGUUUAAACCACUGAGCCUCUUGGGCUUGCCGAUCAGAAGGUCGAUGAUUCGAAUCCCUGCGACAGGGUGAGCUCCCGUUGCCCAGUCCCAGUUCCUGCCCAUCUAGCUGUUCGAAAGCACAUCAAAGUGCAAGUAGAUAAAUAGAUACCACUCCGGCGGGAAGGUAAACGGCGUUUCCAUGAGCUGCUUUGGUUUGCCAGAAGUGGCUUAGUCAUGCUGGCCACAUGACCUGGAAAAACUGUCUGCGGACAAACGCAGCUCCCUUGGUCUAUAAAGCGAGAUGAGCGCCACAACCCCAGAGUUGUCUGCGACUGGACUUGACUUGUCAGGGGUCCUUUAGCUUUAUCUUUUUUUAAUGGAAAGGCGGAGAAAGACAUCUGCCUGCAGCCUUAGUGACUGGUUGGCGUUGACCAGUGAUGGGGCCUUUUCAGUGGUGGCUCCUCAUUUGUGGAAUGAGGCUUUCCCAGGCACGGUGUGUCCCAGCUUUUUCCUUAUUAACAUUCAGCCAGGAUUUCAAAGCAUUCCUGUUCACCCAGGCAUUUGACAGUAGCGGGUACUGUUCCUACAGCAACCUGGAAAUUAAUCUUCAGGCUGUGUGGCUGUUUUUAGAUGUUCUUAAUUGUUUUUAAACAAUUAAAGCCAUAACACUUGCAUAAAACUGUUCCAAAUGGAACAUAACACCAUAACACUGGCCAGUUGCUAAUCUCCCUUUCCUGGGCAAGGUUCUGGAGUGAGUGGUCACAGACCAGAUCCAGGCACUUUGGGAAGAAAUUGAUUUUCUGGAUCCAUUUCAAUUGGGGUUUGGCCUGGUUUUGUCACAGAAACUGCUUUGGUCGCCCUGUAUGAUGACCUCUAUCGAGAGACAGACAAAGGAAACACAUCCGUGUUAAUUCUUCUUGACCUCUCAGCAGCUUUCAGUACCAUCGACCAUGGUAUCUAGAGCGACUCUCUGAACUAGGGGGGGUGGCACCGCUUUGCAGUGGUUCCAGUCCUACUUGGAUGGUCGUUCCCAGAGGGUGUUACUUGGGGAGUGCUUUUCAGCCCUGUUGAACCUUCAAUGUAGGGUUCUGCAGGGCUCAAUCCUAUCCCCCAUGUUGUUUAACAUCUCCAUGAAACCACUGGGUGGGGUUAUCCGGAGGUUUGGAGUAUGUUGUCAGCAGUAUGCUGAUGACACUCAGCUCUAUUUCUCCUUGACAUCUGCAGGUGAGGCAGUGGAAGUGCUGGACCAGUCUUGGUAGUGGACUGGAUGAGAGCCAAGAAACAGAAGCCCAAUCCAGAUAAGACUGAGGCUCUGUUGGUGGGGGGUUCCCUAGACCAGAUGGGUGGGAGGUCGCCUGCUCUUGAUGGGGUUACGUUUCCUCUGAAGGAGCAGAUUCAUAGCCUGGGGGUCCUCCUGGAUCCUUUGCUGUCGUUCAAGGCUCAGGUGGCCUCAGUGGCCCAGAGUGCCUUCCAUCAGCUUUGGCUGGUGGCCCAUCUACAUCCCUAUCUGGACAGGGAGAGCCUAACUACUGUUGUCUGUGCUCUGGUAUCCUCAAGGUUAGAUUACUGCAAUGCGUUCUACGUAGGGCUGCCUCUGAAGACGGUUCGGAAACUUCAGCUAGCGCAGAAUUCAGCGGCCAGGUUGCUCACCGGAGCAAGACGGUUUGAGCAUAUUACACCGAUCCUGGUCUGACUGCACUGGCUACCGAUUAGUGUCCAGGCCCAAUUCAAAGUGAAAUUAAACAUAUUAAUUCAUCACUUAAAUAAAAUCCUAAGCCAAUUAAAUAUCUGCAAGCUGUUUCCAGUUAAUUUAACUUAACAUAUUUAACUAAAUUAAUCUUCCUGAUACUCCUCCUCCUUCUGGUCGCGGACUCUUCCGGGUAGGUCAGCUAGCUCCGAAAAAUCCAUCAUCUACAUCUGCCAUUCUUCCACCGUUGGUAAAUCCUGCAUUUUCCACUUUUUGGCUAGUAAAAUUCGAGCAGCAGUUGUAGCAUACAAAAAUAAUUUAACAUCUUUCUUGGGCAAUUCCAAACCUGUUAUUCCAAGAAGAAAGGCCUCUGAUUUCUUUAUAAAUGUAUAUUUCAACAUUUUUUUCAAUUCAUUAUAAAUCUUUUCCCAGAAGGGACAGGUCCACCACAUAUGAUAAAAGGUUUCUUCCUUUUCUUUACAUUUCCAGCAUAGAUUAUCACAAUUAUGAUAUAUCUUUGCUAAUUUUACAGGAGUCAAAUACUAUCUGUACAUCAUUUUCAUUAUAUUUUCCUUUAACACAGUACAUGCAGUGAACUUGACUCCUUUCUUCCACAAUCUUUCCCAAUCCUCAAACAUUGUAUUAUGUCCUACAUCUCUUCUUUUUUAUAUAUAUUUAUUUAUUAAGUACAAAUUAGAAAACAUACAUAUUUACAACAAAAGAAAAUACAAAAGAAAAAGAAAAUACAUAUAACCAAGGGGGGAAAAUAGAGAAUACUUUGUCUCUUUUCAUAUUUACAGUUAUUUAUACCUCUAUAAAAUGCUAUUCACAAUAAAGGAGUGAAAUGAAAGAUAAGAUAUCAGAAAAAAGAAAAAAAGAACAAAGAAAAAAAGAAAGAAAAAGAAAAAAAUCAUAAGUGAAAAAUUUUAUAAGUAGAUAAGUAUUUACUAUACAUAGCCAUUUCCCAUCUAUAUUUAUAUUCAGUUGUAUAAUUUCAUCUUGUCCUUCUCUACCUUAAAUAAAGUGUUUUUUUAAAAAGACUUCCACCGUUUGUCUCACGCGUUUUUAAUAAUCUAUUCGUCAGAUCCUCUGUUCCUCAUAUUUUCCCUUUGGAUUUCCUUAAUGUCUCACUUUGUAUUUUUUAUAUUACGCACAAGAUUAUUCUAAACACAACCAGACUUUUGUAGUCGAGCCCUGGUUUUGUAAAUAAUCAUUUAAGAACUCCCAUUGCUUCAUAACCAUAGUUUUGGAUUUUCUCCUUAUUAUAUCCGUCAGUUUUUCUAGUUCCAGGUACUCGCAAAGUUUCCCCAACCAUUCUCUUUUUGUUGGGAUGCUUUCUUCUUUCCAGUAGCUAGCAAUCAAAAUUCUUGCCGCUGUUGUUGCGUAUAGAAAUAGGUUAGUUUUAUCACAUGCUAGCAAGGUUAUGCUUAAAAUUCUACAAGGAAGGCUCAAGCAGUAUGUGGACUGAGAACUCCCAGAAGUGCAAGCUGGAUUUCGAAGAGGCAGAGGAACCAGAGACCAAAUUGCAAACAUGCGCUGGAUUAUGCAGAAAGCUAGAGAGUUCCAGAAAGACAUCUGCUUCUGCUUCAUUGACUAUGCAAAAGCCUUUGACUGUGUCAACCACAGCAAACUAUGGCAAGUUCUUAAAGAAAUGGGAGUGCCUGAUCACCUCAUCUGUCUCCUAAGAAAUCUCUAUAUGUGAUAGGAAGCUACAGUUAGAACUGGAUAUGGAACAACUGAUUGGUUCAAAAUUGGGAAAGGAGUACGGCAAGGCUGUAUAUUGUCUCCCUGCUUAUUUAACUUAUACGCAGAAUUCAUCAUGCGAAAGGCUGGGCUGGAUGAAUCCCUAGCCGGAAUUAAGAUAGCUGGAAUAUCAACAACCUCAGAUAUGCAGAUGAUACAACCUUGAUGGCAGAAAGUGAGGAGGAAUUAAAGAACCUUUUAAUGAGUGUGAAAGAGGAGAGCGCAAAAUAUGGUCUGAAGCUUAACAUCAAAAAAAAAAGAUCAUGGCCACUGGUCCCAUCACCUCCUGGCAAAUAGAAGGGGAAGAAAUGGAGGCAGUGAGAGAUUUUACUUUCUUGAGCUCCAUGAUCACUGCAGAUGGUGACAGCAGCCACGAAAUUAAGACGCCUGCUUCUUGGGAGAAAAGCAAUGACAAGCCUAGAGAGCAUCUAAAAAAGAAGAGACAUCACCUUGCCAACAAAGGUCCAUAUAGUAAAAGCUAUGGUUUUCCCAGUAGUGAUGUAUGGAAGUGAGAGCUGGACCAUAAAGAAGGCUGAUCACCGAAGAAUUGAUGCUUUUGAAUUAUGGUGCUGGAUGAGACUCUUGAGAGUCCCAUGGACUGGAAAAAGAUCAAACCUAUCCAUUCUUAAGGAAAUCAGCCCUGAGUGCUCACUGGAAGGACAGAUCGUGAAGCUGAGGCUCCAGUACUUUGGCCACCUCAUGAGAAGAGAAGACUCCCUGGAAAAUACCCUGAUGUUGGGAAAGAUGGAGGCCGCAAGGAGAAGGGGACGACAGAGGACGAGAUGGUUGGAUAGUGUUCUCGAAGCUACCAGCAUGAGUCUGACCAAACUUCGGGAGACAGUGGAAGACAGAAGUGCCUGGCGUCCAUGAGGUCACGAAGAGUCGGACACGACUAAAUGACUAAACAACAACAAUCUUUUGGGAUAUCUUUAUCUAGAAUUCCUAGUAGAUAUGCCUCUGCCUUUUUUGUGUGUGAUGUCCUUAUCAAUUUUUUUUCCCCGUCGUGGAUCAUGUCCCAAAAGGUUUUAAUCUUUGGGCAAGUCCACCACAUGUGGUAUAACGUACCUUUUGUUCUGUUACAUUUCCAGCAUUUGCCGUUGUUCCUUUUAUUUAUUUUUGACAAUCUGUCAGGGGUUAAGUACCAUCUGUGGUGAAUUUUUCUGAAAUUCUCCCUUAAUGAAUCACACGCAGUAAAAUUUAUGUUUUUCUCCCAAAAAGUUUUCCAUCUUUCCAGAUCUAUCUCAUAUCCCAAAUCGUGCUCCCACUUUAACAUGUUUUCCCCUUUCGUCUCUUUUUCUGAGGUGGUUUUCAUUAAUAAUCUGUACAUUUUUGCAAGUAUUUUUUGAUCGCUUUUCAAUAUUUCCUUUUCUAAUUUUGAGGUUUUAUUUUCAAAUCCCCCCCCUUUUAUGUCUUUUUCAUAUGUUGCUUUUAAUUGAUAAUAUUGUAACCAAUUUAUUCCAAAUGUUUGUAAUUGUUCGUAAGUUUUUAAUUUAAUAUUUCUGUCUGCAUCUUCUAAUAUUUCCCUAUAUGUUGGCCAAGUCUCUUUUGCAUUACUCUUUAAUGUUGUAGUUGCCUCCACUGGUGAAACCCAUUGGGGAGUUUUCUCAAUAAUUUUUCCUUUUGUUCUUUCCCAGACAUCCAAUAGAGCCUUUCUUAUUAUGUGAUUUGUAAUUUUUUUAUGUUGUUCUUUUUUGUCAUAAAAUAAAUAGCCAUGCCAGCCGUAUAUUUUGUCCCAACCCUCUAGUGUUAGGACUUCAUUAUGUUUUAAUAAUAUCCAUAUUUUUAUCCAACACCAACACGCUGCCUCGAAAUACUUUCUUAAAUCUGGCACUGCGAAUCCUCCACUUUCCUUUGGGCCCAUCAUUACUUCUAAUUUUAUCCUUGCCUUUUUCCUCUGCCAUAUAAAAUUUGCAAGAUCUCUUUGCCAGCUUAUAAAAUAUUUAGUUCCUAUUACAAUUGGAAUCGUUUGAAAUAAAAAUAGAAUUUUGGGGCGUAUCAUCAUUUUAAUCAUAGAUAUUCUUCCUCCUAAUGAUAAUUUUAGUUUUCCCCAUUUAUCCAUACUUCCUUUAAUUUCUUUCCAUUUUUUAAUAUAAUUAUACUUAAACGAAUUUGUAUUUUUAUUUGUAAUCUAUAUCCCUAAGUAGUUCACUUUAUUUUCUAUUUUUAGUCCUGUUGUUUCCUCUAAUUCCUUUAUUCCCUUUCUCGCCUAUAUUUUUUUUUAUCAAUUUCGAUUUAUCUUUGUUCAAUUUGAAUCCUGCUACUUCGCCAAAUUCUUUCAUUCUUUCUAAUGCUUUUUUUAUACUUUCUUUUGGUGUUUCGGUUGUAAUAAUCACAUUUUCUGCAAAUGCUCUUACUUUGUAACACUGUGUACCAAGACAUAUGCCCUUUAUUUCUUCAUCCUUUCUCAGAGCUAUUAAUAGGGUUUCUAAUAUUGUUAUAAAUAGGAGUGGGGAUAAAGGACAUCCCUGUCGUGUCCCUCUCUCGAUGUUGAAUUCUUCUGUAAUUUCGUUGUUUAGGAUUAAUUUGGCUCUUUGUUUUUUGUAAACUGCUUGAAUUCCAUUCAUAAUUCUUUUACCUAAAUUUAAACUUUCGCAGAUUUUAAUCAUAAAUUUCUAAGAGACACUGUCAAAUGCCUUUUCAGCGUCUACCAAAAGCAUUGAAAUUGCUUUACUUUGAUUCAUUUUGGCAUAUUUAUUAAGUCUAUAAUUAUUCUAGUGUUGUCCUUUAUUUGUCUGGCUGGCAAAAAUUCUGCCUGAUCUUUUUUAAUUAUCCUUUUUAGCAGAGUUUUCAUUCUAUUUACAAGAACUCUAGUAAAUAUUUUAUAGUGUAUAUUCAAUAAAGAUAUUGGCCUGUAGUUUUUUAUAAGUCUCAAAUCCGUACCUUGCUUUGGGAUAAGAGUUAUCAAUGCUUCUUACCACGAACUGGGUAUUUCUCCUUUGUCUAAAAUUUAAUUGUAAUUUGGGUGUUAUUAUUUCCUCUAAUUUUUUAUAAUAUGUUACUGAAAUUCCGUCUGGUCCUGGCGAUUUCCCAUCCUUCAUAUUUUUAAUCACUUUUUUAAUCUCUUCAGGUUCAAUAUUUGAAUUUAAAAUUGCAUAUUCUUCUUCUGCUAUAUCUGGUAAUCUGUUUUCUAAUAGGUAUUUUUGGAUUUUCUUUUCCUCUUUCAAUUCUACUUUAUAUAAUUUUUUAAAUAUUUUAUAAAUCUUUCUUUGAUUUGUUUUGGGUCAAUAAUUUCUUUUUCUUCAUCAAUAAUUCUAUUUAUUACUCUUUCUACCUGUCUUUCCUUAAUAAACCAUGCCAGCAUCCUACCCGGUUUAUUUGCCCGUUCAAAAUAUCUUUGUUUUGUCCAUGUAAUUUUUUUCUCAAUUUCUCUAUUUAUUAAAUUUGAUAGGUGGGCUUGUAAGUUCUUUAUUUGUUGGAGGAUAUCUUCAUUUUUGGGGUUUUUCACUAAAUCUUUUUCUUUCUCUCUUAUUUAUUUAUUUCCAUAAUAUUAGUAUCUUUAUUUCUCCUUAUCCUUCCCAUUUGUUGUAUUACAUACCCUGCAUAUAGGCUUUACUCGCUUCCCAAAUCAUUUUUUUAUCCGUAUCCUGAUUUUCAUUUAUUUCAUAGAAUUCUUUCAAUAUUUCCUUAGCCCUUUUAAAAGGGCUAUGUCCUACAUCUCUUGCCCAAUCUAUCAUCACAGAUUUAACUUGUUCAUCUUUUGUAUGCCACUCCAACAAUAACUUAUACAUUUUAGAUAAAUUUUUAUCCUUAGUAUCCAACAACUCCAUCUCCAACUUAGAUUUUUCAAAAGCAAAACCUUUUUUCUUAUCCCAUUUAUACAAUUCAUUAAUCUGGUGAUCACUGGGCAACAAUUUUUUACUUUUUGAAUGUUGUCUAGAUUUCUACAACUGAUUUAGGGUAUUUUUGCACUGCUGAAUCAGGAAAUGGCAUCCGUUUCUCUCCAUCAGGUCAGGUUUACUGUAAACUGAAUGGUGGGCAUUGAUAAAGGUAAGUACAAGUAAAUUGCAUGUUGCUUCACCAUUUUUCAAACUUCAGGGCUUGAACUUCCGUUUCUUGGAACUCCUGGAAUGCUCAGCGGCAGGGAGGUCUCUCUUCAGAGUUCAACAGUAGUCAGCCAUCAUGACUGCGUCCCAGCGACCCUGAUACCUGGUCUCCAUCUCUUUCAUGUCCUGAUGGAAUCUCUCCCCCUGCUCGUCACUCACUGAACCCAGGUUCUCAGGAAACCAGUCCAUAUGUGAAAAUAGGUAGUGCAUCUUGACGCUCAUGUUGUAGCCCAGGUUUCUGAAAGCAGUCAGCAUGUUGUUGACAAGUUCUGCGUAGUUUCUGGCCUUAUUGUUGCCAAGAAAGUUCUUCACUACCAGAACAAAUGCCUUCCACACUUCCAGUUCCACUUCGUUCAUUGAGUUUCCGAACUCUGGAUCUCUGAUGAGCUGACGGAUCUGAGGACCGUCAAAGAUGCCAGCUUUCAACUUCUCCAUGGUCAAUCCUGGAAAAGCCUGGCACAAGUAAGUGAAGCAGUCACCAUCCUUGUCCAGAGCCUUGGUGAACUGCUUGAUUAAGCCGAGCUUGAUGUGCAGCGGUGGGAAGAGUAUUCUGUCUCUGUCCACCAGAGGGUCGUUGAUGACGUUCCUUUCUUUGCAAGGCACCAAUUCCUCCCGCACAGGCCAGUCCUUCUUCGGGUAAUGCUGAGCACAGUCCCUACUAUCCCACAUGCACAGAAAACAUGGGUACUUGGUGAAGCCAGACUGUUGUCCCAACAAAAAGUUCACCAUCUUCAGGUCAACACAAAUAAACCACUUAUGCUGAUCAUAACCAAUUUUCUCCAGCACAUACUUCACCGCUUCAUAGUUCUCCUUCAGUGUAGUCGAGUGAGCCAGGGGUAUAGAGGCAAACUGGUUGCCGUUGUGUAGCAGAACACAUUUCAGUGAUCGCUUGCUACUGUCAAUGAACAGUCUCCAAUCUUUGGGUUCGUACUGUGGCACUCCAAGCUUGAGCAGAAGCUGCGCAAUAUCUGCACAGUACACCAAGUCCUUCUCUUCCGAGAAAAAACGGAGGUAUUCAAUCUGGAUGCCAACAGUUUGGCAGAGUCCUUCGACAAGCUGAGGUCGCGAACUAGAUUAUUCAACUCCUUUUGGGGAAAUGGAUGUGGAACAUCAUCGUCAAGAACCACUUCUUCUUCUUCAUGUCCUUCAACACUGGAGGCAUCUUCGUCACUAAUGUCAGGAAGUUCUCCAAAGAUAGGCACUGGAAUUUCAUCACAAUGAGCUACAGGACGACGUGCUGAUUGAAGAUCAGGAUACUUCGUGGGGCGGCUGCCCCAUUAACUUAGUUUUGAUCCCCCAACUUUAUGCUUUGCCGCACCAAUUUACGGAAGAUUUCAAGGUUUUAUGACUUCAAACUGAUCCCUUUUUGACAUAAUCACCCAGAACUAUCGGACCUGAAUACUUCUUGUCAUUAAAAUAAUCAUUUCCAAUCAAAACAAUUAUUCGACAUGGCAUUUUACCCCCACCAACUUCUUCUAAAAUGCUCCACACAAGCAUACAUGUGAACAAAAACAUAAAAAAGACAUGUGGCCAUAGCUCAAAAACUUGACCUGAUUGAGCAAAACCAAUGUGAUUUUUGGAUUCAGCGCAUCAAAUUCGUCCUAAAUCAACUGAAAAAACGCAGACAACAAAUUUGUUGUAGACCGGUGUAAUGUAACCAGUUUAACUUAUCUUUAACUUGAUCAAAUGGUUUUAAUUUGUAACCUCCUUCUUCCAAUAAUAAAUCAUAAUAUCUCAACCAUUUGGUAUCCAUAUUUAGUUUUGUCUGGACCUUUGCCUCCAUUGGUGAAAGCCAUCUGGGAGUCUUUCUUUCUAAGAGAUCUUUAUAUUUUUUUCCAAACAUUAUACAGCGAUUUCCUAAUUACAUGGUUUGUUUGUUUUUUUCCAAAUAAAUCUUUAUUUUUUUCAACAUGUAAUUCUUUUCCCAACAAUCCUUAUUGUCACAUUAUAAUCCCUUUGACUCUGCCGAGUCCUGACUUCCCUCCCUCCCGACCGCUGGUAUAUACAUCACAUACUUUUUGCUUAUAAUAUUGUCAUAACUCUACUGUUUUACAUUGGAGGUGUUAUUCCAGUCCUGCUAGUGUCUUAAUAUUUUUGUUGUUCUCCUUUAUAUAUUCAGUAAAUUUAUUCCAAUUGCUAUUGUAUCUCUGGUCCUCUUGGUCCCUGUCAAUUUGGCAAGUUCUGCAAAAUCUAUCAUCUUCACCUGCCACUCCUGGAUGGUUGGUAAAUCUUGUGUUUUCCAUCUUUGGGCCAGUAAAGUUCUUGCGGCGGCUGUGGCAUACAUGAACAAGUUCUGAUCUUUUCUUUUAAUUUCUUUAAAAAUAUAUAUAUAUUACUUUUAUAGAUUACGAAAAGAGAAAAAAAAGCAAAACAGAAAAAACAGAAAAAAGGAGAAAAACAAAAAGAAAAAAACAAUACAAUACAAUAUAUAAACAAUACAAAACACAACCUAAACUCAAAACUAAACACAUUAAACUAAACUAAACAAACCCCACUCCCUAACCUUAACCCUGAAUGGAACAAAACAAAAACAAUUUAAAAACAUACAUCCUCUCUUUUCCAUACUCUAUCUUUCAUUCCCCUGUUUCCUCGACCUCUCACCUCCCUUUUUGUAUUCCACUUCUAUUAAUUGUUUCAGCAAAUCCUUUCCAUCUUUCUCCAUUUUCUGUGAUAUUGUAAAUAACGUAUUUUUUAACCUUAUUUUCCAUUAAAACUAAAAUGCUUAUAUGUGCUUAACUCCUUAUAACAUUUCUAUUAAGCCCAUAAAAAAUAAAAAAAUCAUUCCACCAUUUUUCUAUCACUCAUUAGUUUUACCAUAAGUCUAUAUAUAAACUUUAGAUUUUCCAAUCUUCUUCCACCAUCUCCUCUCCCAGGUUUUGGAUUCUGCCAGUCCUUUCCGUCAAUUCCAUAAAAUCCAUCAACCUGGUGAUCUUAUGUCUGAGGCUCUUAACUCUUUUCCAAGUCCCUUCUGCAGGUCUUCUUCAUUUUCUUUAAUGCUAAAGAGCAAAUCUCGGGGAAACUCCAACCUGUCAAUCCUUUUCUUCCUUCUGAACAGAUCAACUAAAUUUCCAUAGUUAAAGCUGCAGUCCAUAAAGUAUUUCUGGGUAUAUUUCAAAAUUCCUCCAAUUCCAAAGGCCCCCAAAACUUCAGUCUCCUCCAGGCUCGAGUCCAUGUCCCAAAAGUCAGUUAAUCCCUGCAUAGAGGGCUCUUUCCAACUUUCCUUCUUUAAUCCAAGCCGGGAUCCAUUCCUCGGAGUCUGACUUUUCCUAGAUUCAAUCAUAGAAGGCCUCAACUUAUAGUCCUCAAUUUGCUUCUGUAAAACCUCACUUGUAUUAUUUUAUGUUCAACAACAGCAGCAUUCUCCUUCUCCUCCACCAUUUGUCCUGCCAAAGUGGGUUCCUGUACCAAGUCCUGAAUUAUUUCUGUGUUGGUGUUCGCUUUUUGACUCAAGUUGGUCACUUUCUGUUCCAAAUUAUCAACUUUGAAAGUCAUGUCAUCCAUCUUCUUGUGAAGCUGUCCCAGCGAACAGCUUAUCUUACAUAAAACAGUCACAAUGGCCUCUCCUGUCAACAUUUUGAAAUAGUCCAAGGUCGCUCUCUGGUUCCCAAACUCCUUUUCAUAGAAUCAUAGAGAAUCAUAGAAUCACAGAAUCAUAGAGUUGGAAGAGACCACAAGGGCCAUCGAGUCCAACCCCCUGCCAAGCAGGAAACACCAUCAGAGCACUCCUGACAUAUGGUUGUCAAGCCUCUGCUCAAAGACCUCCAAAGAAGGAGACUCCACCACACUCCAUGGCAGCAAAUUCCACUGUCGAACAGCUCUUACUGUCAGGAAGUUCUUCCUAAUGUUGAGGUGGAAUCUUCUUUCUUGUAGUUUGGAUCCAUUGCUCCGUGUCCGCUUCUCUGGAGCAGCAGAAAACAACCUUUCUCCCUCCUCUAUGUGACAUCCUUUUAUAUAUUUGAACAUGGCUAUCAUAUCACCCCUUAACCUCCUCUUCUCCAGGCUAAACAUGCCCAGCUCCCUUAGCCGUUCCUCAUAAGGCAUCGUUUCCAGGCCUUUGACCAUUUUGGUUGCCCUCCUCUGGACACGUUCCAGUUUGUCAGUGUCCUUCUUGAACUGUGGUGCCCAGAACUGGACACAGUACUCCAGGUGAGGUCUGACCAGAGCAGAAUACAGUGGCGCUUUUACUUCCCUUGAUCUAGAUGCUAUACUCCUAUUGAUGCAGCCCAGAAUUGCAUUGGCUUUUUUAGCUGCCGCGUCACACUGUUGGCUCAUGUCAAGUUUGUGGUCAACCAAGACUCCUAGAUCCUUUUCACUUGUACUGCUCUCAAGCCAGGUGUCCCCAUCUUGUAUUUGUGUGUCUCAUUUUUUUUGCCCAAGUGCAAUACUUUACAUUUCUCCCUGUUAAAAUUCAUCUUGUUUGUUUUGGCCCAGUUCUCUAAUCUGUCAAGGUCGUUUUGAAGUGUGAUCCUGUCCUCUGGGGUGUUAGCCACCCCUCCCAGUUUGGUGUCAUCUGCAAAUUUGAUCAGGAUGCCCUUGAGUCCAUCAUCCAAGUUGUUGAUAAAGAUGUUGAAUAAGACCGGGCCCAAGACAGAACCCUGUGGCACCCCCCUAGUCACUCUUCUCCAGGAUGAAGAGGAACCAUUGAUGAGCACCCUUUGGGUUCGGUCAGUCAGCCAGUUACAAAUCCACUGAGUGGUAGCAUAGUCAAGACCGCAUUUUACCAGCUUCUUUACAAGAAUAUCAUGGGGCACCUUGUCAGAUGCCUUGCUGAAGUCAAGGUAGGCUACAUCCACUGCGUUCCCUUCAUCUACCAGGCUUGUAAUUCUGUCAAAAAAACGAGAUCAGGUUAGUCUGACAUGACUUAUUUUUCAGAAAUCCAUGCUGACUAUUGGUGAUCACAGCAUUCCUUUCGAGGUGCUCACAGACUGUUUGCUUAAUGAUCUGCUCCAGAAUCUUCCCUGGUAUUGAUGUCAGACUGACUGGGCGGUAAUUAUUUGGGUCCUCUCUUUUCCCCUUUCUGAAAAUAGGGACAACAUUUGCCCUCCUCCAGUCUGCCGGGACUUCGCCUGUUCUCCAGGAAUUCUCAAAGAUGACUGCCAGUGGUUCUGAGAUCGCAUCUGCCAGUUCUUUUAAUACUCUUGGAUGCAGUUCAUCUGGCCCUGAGACUUGAAUACAUCUAGACUAGCCAAGUAUUUUUGUACUAUCUCCUUAGUUAUUCUGGGCUGUGUUUCCUCUGCUGAAUCAUUUGCUCCAAAUUCUUCAGGUCGGACAUUGUUUUCUUUAUCGGAGAUGACUGAGGCAAAGAAGGCAUUGAGGAGUUCAGCCCUUUCUGUGUCCCCUGUUUGCAUUUCACCAUCUUCUCCUCUGAGUGACUCCACUGUUUCUUUGUUCUUCCUUUUGCUACGAACAUACCCAUAAAAGCCUUUUUUGUUGCUUUUAACCUCUCUAACAAGCCUGAGUUCAUUGUGUGCUUUAGCUUUUCUGACUUUGUGUCUACACGUGCUGGCUAUUUGUUUGAAUUCCUCUUUGGUGGUUUCCCCCCUUUUCCAUUUUUUGUACACAUCCUUUUUAAAUCUUAACUCAGUUAAAAGUUCUUUAGAUAGCCACCCUGGCUUCUUUAGGCACCUUCCAUGUUUCCGUCUCAUUGGUAUUGCCUGAAGUUGUGCUUUUACUAUCUCCCUCUUAACAAACUCCCAGCCAUCAUGAACUCCCUUUCCUUUUAGUAUUACUGUCCAUGGGAUCUCACCCAGCACUUCCCUAAGUUUUAUGAAGUCGGCUUUCUUAAAGUCAAGAAAUUGAGUCCUAGUAUGCUUGGCUGCUUCUUUCCGCUGUAUAGUAAACUUCAGAAGAGCAUGAUCACUCACGCCUAAUGAUCCUUCCACUUCUACCCCACUAACCAGGUCAUCAACAUUGGUUAGGACCAGAUAUAAAAUGGCUGUUCCUCUUGUUGCUUCUCCCACUUUCUGGACAAUGAAGUUGUCUGCAAGGCCAGUGAGGAAUCUGUUUGACCUUUUGCUCUUGGCUGAGUUUGACAUCCAACAAAUAUCCGGGUAAUUGAAGUCCCCCAUUACUACUAUCUCCCUUCCUUUUGCAUGCUUGGCCAUCUGUUCCAGGAAGGCAUCAUCUAUGUCCUCCGUUUGGCUUGGGGAUCUAUAGUAAACUCCCACAAUGAGUUUACUAUAGAUCCCUUUUUAAGUUCAUUAUAGAUUAACUCCCAGAACUCCUUGCCACAAGUCCACCACAUAUGAAAGUAAUCUCUGUCUAUUUCCCUACAUUUCCAACAUUUUCUGUCCCUUUUCCUAUACAUUUUAGCUAAUAUUAUUGCCGUCGAAUGCCAUCUAUACAUCAUUUUUAAUACAUUCUCCUUUAAAGCCAUACAUCCUGUAAAUCUCAAACCAACAUUCCAUAAUUUUACACAUGCUUCCAGCUCAAUAUUGUGCCCAAUAUCCAUCACCCAUUUUAUCAUCGAUUCUUUAACCUCUUCAUCUUUUGUGUACCAUUCAAGCAGUAAAUCAUACAUGCUAGAUAACAAUUUUCCUUUACACUCUAUUAGUUAAACUUGGAAUUUCGACUUUUUAUCCUCAAACCCAUUUCUCCUUUUAUCCUCACUUAGUAGAUUAUUAAUCUGAUGAUAUUGUAGCCAUCCCGUUAACUCAGUUUCAAUUUGGUCAUAUGGUUUCAGUUUUACCCCUCUCUCUUGCUAUGGCCUGUCGGCUACGCAAAUAAAGUCUAUUGAUUGAUACCCCUCUCUCUGUUUUCCUGGUAAUAUCCUCGUAUGUUACUCGUUUCCCUUCCAUAUUGCUUUUUUUAAUUGUCAGUACGUCUACUGGUGAUAUCCACCAAGGUGUCUCUCCCACACUUCAUAUAAUGAUCUCCUAAACACAUGAUUUGUGAAUCCCUUGUGUACCUUCCCUUUAUCGUACCAUAGGUAUGAGUGCCACCCAUACCUAUUAUCAUGCCCUUCUAAGUCCAAGAGAUCCGUGUUUUCCAAUGUUAGCCAUUCCUUCAACCAGACUAAGCAAGCAGCCUCAUAAUAUAAAUUCAAGUCAGGCAGGGCGAAACCCCCUCUUUCUUUUUUGUCUACUAAUAUCUUCAUCUUUAUUCUUGGUUUCUUCCCCUGCCAGACAAAUUUUGAUAAGAUUUUCUGCCAUUCUCUCAAUUGUGCUGUCCCUUUGAUUACCGGUAUAGUUUGAAAUAAAAAUAACAUUCUUGGUAAAAUAUUCAUUUUUAUCACAGAUAUUCUACCCAGAAAUGACAAUUUCAGGCUAGACCAUGUGUCUAAGUCCUUCUUGAUUUCUUUCCAUACAUUCUCAUAAUUGUCUUUAAACAGGUUUAUAUUCUUCGAUGUCAGCCAAAUUCCCAGGUACUUCACCUUUUUUAGCUACCAUAAUUCCUGAUGUGGCUUGUAAUUCUUCUAUAUCUUCUUUACUCAUAUUUUUUACUAACAUUUUUGUUUUAUCUUUAUUUAACUUAAAUCCGGACACCUUUCCAAAAUCCUCUAUUUUUUUGAGGGCUUCUUUUACACUAUGUUUUGGGUCUUCCAGGCUUAAAGCUAAGUCGUCUGCAAAGGCUCUUAUUUUAAACUCCUUUACCCCCACUCUCACCCCUUUGAUUUCUGGGGAUUCUCUCAGAUCCUUAUUUAAUACCUCCAGGACAGUAAUAAAUAAUAAUGGAGACAGAGGGCACCCCUGUCUGGUACCUUUGGAUAUCUCAAAAUUAUCUGAUAAGUUGUUGUUAAUAAUGAGUUUUGCUUUUUGAUUCAAGUAUAUUGUGUUGAUCUCCUAUUAAUAACACUUUCUGAUCUAAGUAUUCUAACAUUAUUUCAUUUAGUUUGCCAUAAAAUUCUGCUUCCGAUAACUCAUAAACUCCUAUUCGAUUCCCAAAGCCCCCAUUUAGCAAACUAUCUCAAAGUUCUACAUAAUGCUAAACACCGAUGGGCAUUAACCAGGGCCCGCUUUAACGCUCUCCCGUCAGCUCUUCUAGAGGGAAGAUACAACAAAAUACCGAUCGAACAAAGAUUAUGUCUCUGUAACAGCAACGAAAUUGAAACCAUCGGGCAUGUCAUCUUAUAUUGCCCAUUAUAUUGAGACUCAAGAAAAGAGCUGAUCGAGCCGAUUCUGAGGAAAAUACCUCGUAGUACAGACGACACCUAUAUCAGACACCUCUUAGCUGACAAAGACCCCGAAAUCAACAGGCCUGUGGCGAAGUACUGUUACAUUGCAACAAGAAUAAGACGAGCAAUGAUGACAGCAACGGAGUUCAAAUUGCAAACAUCGAAGGAACGAUAAUAAACAGUAGUGACAUUUGAAUUGAAUCCUUAAAACCUUAAAAGUCGAAACUUGGUCAUAAACAUAAGUAUCAAUUUUGUGAUUUGGCCAUAUCUCCACUGUUAUCUGUAGUACAAUAGUACUUAUAUUGCCAUAUUUUAUUUUAUAAAUUGCUUGCUGGUCAUUGACCGUAUUAAAGAUAUUUGAAUUUGAUCUAAGUCUUUAACUGCACUGGAGUCUGGAUCUUAUAAUGUCAAUACUAGAUCAUCAGCAAAGGCUUUUAAUUUGUAUUGUUUCGAACCUACUGUGAUACCUUUGACUUGUUCAUCCUUUCUAAUCAUACUUAGCAAGACCUCCAGGACUGAAAUAAACAGCAGAGGGGAAAGUGGGCACCCUUGCCUGGUUCCCUUCUCAAUUCUAAUUUCCUCUGAAACCACAUUAUUUACAAUAAUUUUGGCUCUUUGUUCUAGAUAGAUCGCUUUAAUACCAUUUAAAAAAUCAUGGCCUAUCCCCAUACUCUCUAAAUAAUGUAACAUAAAACUCCAAGAUACAUUGUCAAAGGCUUUCUCUGCAUCAAUAAACAUUAACAUUGCUUUACAACUCUUUCUUGCUUCUAACUUUUCCAGAAUAUCCACAUAAUUUCUAAUGUUAUCUUUCAUAUGUCUUCCAGGCAGAAAUCUUGCCUGGUCUUUGUGAAUGUACUUAGAUAAAACCUUCUUUAGCCUGUUGGCCAAUAUAUUUGCAAAAAAAUUGUAAUCCACAUUGAGUAAGGAGAUUGGUCUGUAGUUUUUAACAUUGGAUCUAUCUUGACCCUGUUUAGGAAUCAGAGUAAUAUAAGCUUCCUUCCAGGUUUCAGGUGCUUUGCCCCCUUGCAGAAUCGAAUUAGAUACUUCUACCAGAGUUUGGAUGAGCCAGCCUUUCAGUGUCUUAUAAUAUUUCGCUGAUAGACCAUCAGGUCCUGGUAUCUUGCCAAGUUGCAUUGAAUUUAUUGCCUGUUCCAUUUCCUUAAUUGUAAUUAAACCUUUUAGUAGGUUCUUUUUAUCCUCCGGAAUCUGCUGCAAACCAUUAAUCUUUAUAAAUUGCUCAAUUUUUCCCAUAUCCUCUUUACCCUUUUUAUACAGUUGUUUAUAAUAUUUAUAAAAGCAUUUUCUAAUGUCUGCAGGGUUCUCUAUAGAUUUUCCUUCUGUUACAAUGUUUGUAAUAGUACUUUGUUUUUGUCUCUUCUUUAAUUGCCAGGCUAAUAAUUUCCCACAUUUAUUUGCAGAUUCAAAAUUUCUUUGUCUCAUCCUUCUUAUCUUCCAUUCAAUUUCUUGAUUUACUAACUGAAUAUUGAACCUGUAAAGCUUUAAUUUCUUUUUGGGUUUCCUCUGAGCUUCUUCUCUUUGUCUUUUAGUUGUUCCAUAAUUUUAUCUUUUCUCUCAUUCUGUGACUUUUUCCUAAUUGAGUUUUGUUGUAUCAGAAACCCUUUCAUUACAGCUUUGCUGGCCCCCCAAAUAACCCUUGUUUACGUUCCUUGAUUUAUACUAAGUUCAAAAUAAUCCUUUAGGGGUUUUUGGCCUUAUUAACAAUUGAUGUACUUCUCAACAAAUCAUCAUUCAUUCGCCAUCUGAAGGAACCCUGAACAAACAUUUUCAAAUCCAUAAAAACUGCAUUAUGAUCCGAGCAAGUUUUAGGGCAAAUUUCUGUUUUUAUUACUUUAGGAACCAAGUCUCUGGAUAUCCAUAAAUAGUCCAUUCUCGAAAAUACUUGGUUUGCAUCUGAGAAAAAAGUAAAGCCUCUUUCCAUUGGAUUUUAUUCUCCAUAUAUCUGACAAAUCAAAUUUUUCAGUUAGGUCAAAAAAAGUCUUAGGUAGUCUGCCAGAAUUCGUAGCCUUUGAUCUCUGAGUUCUAUCCAUCAAAGUAGAUGCAACUCCAUUCAAGUCCCCCAUCAAUAUAAUUUUAUAAUCUAUGUAUUCCAACAGACAUAUUUCCAAGUUCUUAAAAAAUUCCACUUUGCCAUCACUAGGUGCAUAGAUUCCUAAUAACAAAUAUUUCUCACCUUGUGCUGUAAUUUCAACUACUAUGUGUCUUCCUUCCUCAUCUUUAAAAGGAAAUUUUGGAUUCCAUUUUUCCUUAAUGUAGAAAACCACUCCUCUUUUUUUAACUUUAUCAGAAGAAAUAAAUUCUUGGCCCAAUCUUUUAUUUAUUAGAGUUUUUCUAUGUAGUCUUGUAAUGUGGGUUUCCUGUAAGCAAAUUAUAUCCAAAUUUUGUUUUUCCAUAAUAUGGUAAUUUUCCCCCUUUUUCUGGGUAAGUUCAAGCCAUUUAUGUUCCAUGAAUAGAUUCUCAAUGCCAUAUUGUCUACUUACGGGGAUGCUGCCUCUGCUCCCAGUGGCUGUGAGGUUUGUAAUCCAAGUUCUACCAAGUGCUUUUGCAUAAAUCUGUCCUCCUCAAGAGUCUUCCUUCAAAUUUGAAAGAUAGCCCCCCUGGAAAUUCCCACCUAAAAAAGAUGUUCUUUCUGUCAGUCAGGUCCCUGUACUGAGAUCUCAGGUUCAAAAAUUGCUGUGGAAUUUCUUUAAAGAGCACCACCGAUUUGUCAGGAAUUUUAAGGCCUUUUUUAUAAUGAUGUCCCAAAAUGAUAUCUCUUUGUUCCUUGGUCUUAAAGACCACAAUACUAUCGUAAGCUGUUUUGGUCUCUUUUUUAGGGCCAAAUCUGUAAGCUUUCUCUACCCAAUCUUCCACUUCCUCUUUUUUCAGAUCCCAGAAAUCCACAAAAAAUCCUAUCAAAGAUUCUCUGAGUUUAUCUUCUUCCAGAAAAGGGACCUCUCUCAAUCUCAGAUGUGAUUCUUUCACACUCAAUUGGAGAAAAGCGAUUGAAUUUGCAUUUUCGUACUGCAAGCGUUCCAGAUCCUGCACUCUAACAUUCUCCAGCUGUGUCAACCUUGCAUCAUGUGUGUUUAUCUCAUCUUUCACAUCUUUCAUGUUGAUACUUAAAUGUUCAAUCUAUUUCCCCAACUUAUUUAUAGAAGCUGUGUUACGAUCUAAUCCUUCUUUAAUAUCAUUUAACAUUGACAUCACCGACUCCUCAAAUUGUGGUGCUGCUUUAGAACCACGUUUCAGCCUUUCUCUUUCUGAACUCGUAGCUAAAGAAUGUCAAGGUCAGUCACACAGUCUGGUACAAUAAGGGAGAAAAACAAGUUCCCUCCACCAAUCCCACUGCAGCCGGAUCAGGAACAGCUUCCUUAAUCUUUAAAACUCAUUAAAUCCCAACAACAAAAAUGGCAAAGAGAAAAUUUUCCAAGGCUCCCCUUGCUCUGAGGGAAUCCGAAGACACUUUUUAUCCACUUUAAAAUGUUGCCAGGCAUCGCAGGAAAGUUUAUAACCAACUCAGUAGAGACAGGGAUUGAAUGUUUCCACUUCCAUUGUGAUGUCACAGUGGAGACUAGACUUCCCUCCUGGGUGGUCCGGUACCGAAAGAGGAUAUCUCAGACUUAUUAAUAGAUUUCCAAAAUAGCACAAAUUAUCCAAAGCCCCCUUUCCUCGGGGGGGGGGGCUAAAUUGCUUGCAGAGUUUGAAAAGUUUUUCUUUCCUUUUAGGCUUUGGUCUUAGCGCACCGAUUUUUACUUUGUUCCACAAAGGGGACCGACCCCUGUUUUUAAGUCUCCCUUUUCUUCCCAAUUUUCCAAAUCAAGUUUUUAAGUACUUACCGUUCCAACUUUCAGUCUCUUUUUUAAUGAAGGAAUUGGCCACUCAAGCUAGCCAGUCUCAGAGCUUCGCUGCUUUGAAGGAAGCACUCGUUUCUGCUGUGCUGCGUCUCCCACCCCGCUCACUCUUGGGGCUCUAAUGAGCUUACCGGGGAGCAGGGGAGUCGCUAAAUUGCACCCGCUGGAACACCAGGUCCUUAGAACGCCCAAUCUGAGUUUUUUUCCGGGGAACCGCGACGCUCUCAUGGUCUCCCCAACUUCAAAGCGCAAGGGCUCUUUCAGCCGAAAGAGGUCUUGACUGCCAUAACUGUGCAGUCAACCGGAAGUCCUUGUUUUGACCUAUAAAGCCUUAAACGGCUCGGGACCGCAAUACAGGUGAAACUCAGAAAAUUAGAAUAUCGUGGAAAAGUUCAUUUAUUCCAGUAAUUCAACUUAAAAGGUGAAACUAAUAUAUGAGAUAGACUCGUGACAUGCAAAGGAAGAUAUGUCAAGCCUUUAUUUGUUAUAAUUGUGAUAAUCAUGGUGUACAGCUGAUGAAAACCCCAAAUUAACAAUCUCAGAAAAUUAGAAUAUUAAAUGAAAUCAGCAAAACAAGGACUGCAAAUAGAGCAAUAUUGGACCUCUGAAAAGUAGAAGCAUGCAUAUAUACUCAGUACUUGGUUUGGGCCUCUUUUGCAUCAAUUACUGCCUCAAUGCGGCAUGGCAUGGAUGCUAUCAGCCUGUGGCACUGCUGAGGUGUUAUGGAAGACCAGGAAGCUUCAAUAGCAGCCUUCAGCUCUUCUGCAUUGCUCGGUCUCAUGUCUCUCAUCUUUCUCUUGGCAAUGCCCCAUAGAUUCUCUAUGGGGUUCAGGUCAGGUGAGUUUGCUGGCCAAUCAAGCACAGUAAUCCCAUGGACAUUGAACCAGGUUUUGGUACUUUUGACAGUGUGGGCAGGUGACAAAAUCCUUCUGGAAAAAGAAAGCAGCAUCCCCAUAAAGCUUGUCUGCGGAAGGAAGCAUGAAGUGCUCCAAAAUCUCCUGGUAGACAGCUGCGUUGACCCUGGACUUAAUGAAGCACAGUGGACCAACACCAGCUGAUGGCAUGUCUCCCCAAAUCAACACUUCACACUGGACUUCAAGCAUUUGGCAUUGGAAACUUCACACUGGACUUCAAGCAUCUGGCAUUGUGUGCCUCCCCAUUCUUCCUCCAGACUCUGGGUCCUUGGUUUCCAAAUGAGAUGUAAAAGUUGCUCUCGUUAGAAAAGAGGACUUGGGACCACUGAGCAACAGACUAGUUCUUUUUUUUCUUUCUUUAGCCUAGGCAAGAUUCUUCUGACGCUGUUUCUUGUUCAGGAGCGGCUUGACAAGAGGAAUACAACAUUUGAAGCCCAUCUCCAGGAGCCGUCUGUGUGUGGUGGCUCUUGAUGCACUAGCUCCAGCCUCAGUCCACUCCUUGUGAAAGUCCCCAACACGUUUGAAUGGUCUUUUCCCGACAAUCCUCUCCAGGCUGUGGUCAUCCCUGCUGUUGUGCACCUUUUUCUUCCACACUUUCCCCUUCUGCAUAACUUUCCAUUGAUGUGCUUUGAUACAACACUUUGGAAACAUCCAACUUCUUCUGCAAUCACCGUUUGAGGCUUUCCCUCCUUAUGGAGGGUCUCAAUGAUGGCUUUCUGCACAACUGUCAGGUCAGCAGCCUUCCCCAUGAUUGUGCUUCCUACUGAACCCAUUGCAGGUGUUAUGGAUUGAAUAGCUACUGCACCUUUUCACAAUAUUCUAAUUUUCUGAGAUUGUUAAUUUGGGGUUUUUAUCAGCUGUACCCCAUAAUCAUCAGAAUUAUUACAAAUAAAGGCUUGGCAUAUCUUGCUUUGCAUGUCAUGAGUCUAUCUCAUAUAUUAGUUUCACCUUUUAAGUUGAAUUACUGAAAUAAAUGAACUUUUCCACGAUAUUCUAAUUUUCCAAGUUUCACCUGUACUUCGUGAACCACCUCUUUCCAUAUGAACCUUCCCGGACCCUGUGAUCAUCUUCUGAGGCCCUUCUUUGUGUGCCUCCUCAAGAGGUUUGGAGGGUGGCAACACAAGAAUGGGGAUUUCUCAGUAGUGGCUUUUUUCAGGGUUUUUAUUGGGUUAUUGCUUUUAUUUUUAUUUUAUAUACUGUGAUCUUUUUAUGUGAACUGCCCUGAGACCUCCGGGUAUAGAAAUUCAAUAAAUAAUAAUAAUAAUUAAUAAUAAUAAUCAGACAAAAAGAAAUUUGUGAGGCAGCCAGGGCUUCCUUAUUCCUAUGUGUGUAUACGUGUGAUAUUUUUCAGAACAGUGGACUAUAUCCAGAGUUUUCUGUCCAUGAGUGCAAGGGCUCUUGCACUAGUGGAUGGGCGAGUUUCAGUUUAGCGCAGUGGAGGAAUCCAGUUCAGCAGCUGCAUUCGCAGAAGCUCAUUGAACAGUAGACUGUUCCUUCUGUUGCUUCUGUUGCAGGGCAAACGUGGCAGCAAACUGCUUGAUCUUUCUCUUGCAUCACAGUGUUCUGCUGGUGCAAAACGUUUCGGCUGCAGAACAAGUAUACCUUUGUUACUUUAAAUUAGCACUUCAUUGGAUAAAACCCACAAUGAAUGAAUGAACAUUUGGCUGAAAUCAGUCAUAGGGUUUGAAGAACAUGGGUGGGGAACCAAAACGUGGGGAACCUGUGGCCCUCCCGGUGUUAAGAACAUAAAAAGAAGAGCUUGCUGGAUGUGGUCCCUGGCUACUGGCCCGUCCAGUCCAGCAUCCUGGUCUCACCGUGGCCAACCAGAUGCCCAAGGGAAACUGGCAAGCAGGACCCAAGCAAAGGAGCCCUUUCUCCUCCUGCAGUUUCCAGCAACUGGUAUUCAGAGCCACCAGCUGUGGAGGCAGAGCAGAGCCAUUAUGUGUUGCAGGACCACCCUCCCACCCUCCCUGACCAUUGGUCCAUGCUGACUGAGGCUGGGGGAAGCUGGAGUCCAACAACACCUCAAGGGCCCCAGGAUGUGGGGGAAGGUGGAUGUGGAGUGUCCAAGGGGUCCUGGCUUGGGUAUGGCUUACGGUGAUCUUCUUCCCCCAGGUACCUUCUGUGCUCUGGACAUCUGCCUGUCUCAACUGCAGGAUGUGGGCACGCUGAACGUGCAGCAGACAGUGGUGCGGAUGAGGACGCAGCGAGCUUUCAGCAUCCAGACCCCCGAGCAGUACUACUUCUGCUACUUGGCCAUCAUUGAGCAUGCGCAGAGAGAGAACCUGCUCCCUUCCUCCUACGCCUGGGCAGGGAAGGAAAAGAGCUAAUAGGAAUCCUGGCCCAGCGGCCACAGAGCAGCAGGGACCAGGCCAAACCCUGUUUCCUCCCUUCCUCCCUCUUGACCAAACCAGAUUCGUCAGCAUCUUCAGAUGCAGCUUUGCCCAGAACACUGAUUUGAGCCAAUUUUUCUGCCGCUGAGGCUAUCAGAAACUUUCUGUUUGACUAGCUGGCUAGCUCAAGUCGCAACUAGUAGCCGUGGGCUAUGAAGGCUUGCAUUCUCCAAGACUAGCACCCUUGAUUGAACUGUGCCUUAUUAAAAAAAGAACAAACCAAACUUUCGGCCCUGACUUGCCACUGGAGGCAAACAGGGAGAAGAUGGAACUCCUUGCCAUGUCAGUGUCCUCCACCUUCUGGAGACAGAGGGGGUGCUGCUUUCCUGGUUCUGAUGCAGAAGGGGACCCUUUCCAGUUAUAUCCAAGGCCAAGAUAGAAGAAGAUUUCCAUCUUGCCCACCACUGAAUCUAGGUGUUUCCUUGUCUGUAUGUACUUAAUACACACUCCUCAUUCAAAGAUGUAGCCAGUAUUCUCUUUGCAUAAAUACGAUGCAGAGUCCUAAUAUCUUACAGGGACCUUUUGUAUUGAGUGGCAGCAUCAGUGUUAUGAAUUAUGUUAAUGGUUCUUGUCUGCCCAGCCUGCCCAAGGUUGGUCUUGCCCACUGUGCCAUCCCAGUUCACCCACUGAUGUAGCUUCAACGUACACACACUUGCAAGGGCACACCUGUUGUGCAGAGGCGUACAGAUUGCGUGCAAGUUGUGAUGUCGUAUCACACAAAUGCCGCAGUGCCUGGUGUGUGUGUGUGUCCAUGUGAUGUUGCCACAGCAGGAUGCACCCUUAACCUGCAAGGAUCCUCCGUGCCACAUCCCAGUGGGAUUCUUCUCCCCUGCCUUCACCUUUCUUGCCUGUGAUUGUAUCUUAAGCCUGCAGAAAAGGUUAUUAGCUGGGGUGCAGAUCUGUGGGUCUCUUUUCCUGCGAUGUGGGGCGGGGCAUGUGGAACACACUUGCAGUUUUGCUGCUAGCCAGGAAUGCUAGGCAGUUGUUGGUACGAAGGACUCAGCAGGGGACAGUGUGGAUGUGAGUGGCCAAAUAAGUGGGGCUUAACCCCCAAACAUCUGGGAGAAGGGAGGUAGAGGAAGGAGACUUGAUAUCGGGCCUCAGAUCUGUUCUCUUCCACAAAACCUUGAAAGCCAAUUUUGUUUAAGUGGGGGAAUUCUUCCUCUCUACAUCCAGUUCUUUCUCCUUGCGCAGCCUGCCAGUGACAAGACUGGGAGCUCCUGUUUUCUUAAAGCAGGCUGACAGCCGCCCUCCACCCCAAUUUCUGCUUGGAGAGGAGGAGGGUGGCAUCUGAGCUGCCCUCAGUAACUUUAUACUGGAAUAAGCUCUUUUGAAUGCGCAUAUUUUUUAUUUUUUACAAUCCCUUUUUCUUUCUUUCUCUCCCUCUCUUUCUCAGUUUUGUAUUUAACAUUAACUUGAUCAAGUCCGAAUUGGAGAUAACUGUAAAUGUUCCUAUUUGCUAUUGUAUGGCGAUUUCUUUCUCUCCCUCCCUCCCUCUCUCUCUCUCUCUCUCUCUCUCUCUCUCUCUCUUGUAUUUGCAAAUAAAUAUACCUACAACCCACACCUUCA